GGAAGACAAAUAUAUAUAUAUUUAUAUACCGGAUUCAUAGGGUGUGAGGAGGAGGUGAAGGCGGGAAGAAGCGUAGCGGGGCUGCAAACGGCAUUUAUUUUCCUUUUUAUUUAUUUUUUAAGAAGGGGACGCGUCUCAGGCCCGGGAGGAGCAGGGGCCGGAGCCGCCAUGCCGCGGGAGAUCAUCACUCUGCAGCUGGGGCAAUGCGGCAACCAAAGUAAGGCCGGGAUGCGGGGGAGGUCUAUGGAAAAGCGCGCAGGGCGGGGGAGGGAGGCGUGGGGACAGCGAAGGUUCCAAAGGGGCGGGGCCUGGCGUUGGCCGCGUUCUAUUGGGGCGGGGCCGGAAAAGUGUUGAGGACUAGACACUUGAGUUGAAGAUUUGGAAGGUACGUCAAGGGCCAUCUAGUCCAGCCCCUCUGCAGUGCAGGAACAAUAAUGAUAAUAAUAAUUGUUAUUGUUAUUAUUAUUUAUUUCUUUAUACCCCACCCAUCAGGACGCUGGUGGCACUGUGGGUUAAACCACAGAGCCUAGGACUUGCCGAUCAGAAGAUUGGCGGUUCGAAUCCCCGCGACAGGGUGAGCUCGGUCCCUGUUCCUGCCAACCUAGCAGUUCGAAAGCACGUCAAAGUGCAAGUAGAUAAAUAGGUACCACUCCAGGAGGAAGGUAAAGGGCGUUUCCGUGCGCUGCUGUGGUUCGCCAGAAGCGGCUUAGUCAUGCUGGCCACAUGACCUGGAAGCUGUACCCCGGCUCCCUCGUCCAAUAAAGCGAGAUGAGCACUGCAACCCCAGAGUCGGCCACAACUGGACCUAAUGGUCAGGGGUCCCUUGACCUUUACCCCACACAUCUGGCUGGGUUUCCCCAGCCACUCUGGGCGGCUUCCAACAAAAUAUUAAAAAUACAAUAAACCAUCAGACAUUAAAAACUUCCCGAAACAGGGCUGCCUUCAGAUGUCUUCUAAAAGUCAGAUCCUUUUUUAUUUCCUUGACAUAUGAUGGGAGGGCGUUCCACAGGGCGGGUGCCACUACUGAGAAGGCCCUCUGCCUGGUUCCCUGUAGCUUCACUUUUUGCAGCGAGGGAACCGCCAGAAGGCCCUUGGAGCUGGACCUCAGUGUCCGGGCUGAACGAUGGGGGUGGAGACGCCCCUUCAGGUAUACUUUUGCCUGACAUGGUGCUCGAACUCAUGACCCCUGAGAUUAAGGGUCUCCUGCUCUACCGGAUAUUUAUGUCUUUCCCCCUGAACAGGGACUCGAGGCGGCUUACAGAUAAAAUCAAGAACAGCCUGAACACAGAGCGGCCAUAGAGGUGGUGGGACGGGGUAGAGGAAACACAAAUCAUUAAAAUAAAGAAUUGCUCGAAUUAAACCUAUAUGUAUAAAUCUAUUAAAGCCGCACCAAUAAUUACAAGGAAAUAAACAGCAUGGCACCUGCCAUUUCGUUAGAAGGGAGAAUGUGGUGGGGCUGGGAGUGGAGGAAAGAAGGGCCGGUAAAAAACAGCGCAGGGGCUGAGUCUCUGACUCUCUUGUGUUGCCAAGGCUACUAGUCCCUGUGGAAUUUGGGGGGGGGGCUGGCACUGUGAUGUGCAGCAGGUGGAAUACCUCACGCUCCUUGCCUCCUGCCAGAGGACCAUUUUUGCACCAAAGAUGAUGCAUAUUUCUUUCUUUACUAAAUUUAUAAAGGUAUGCAAUUCACUCUUCCUCCUCUGCAGCCCCCCCCCAAAUGCAGGCUAGUUUUGGGGUUUUUUUAAGUAAGCUGGUAACUUCAUGGGCUUAUUUUCAUGGGCUAGUAUUGUAUCGUCAAAAUUCUGUGGGAUAGGGAAUGCAGCUGCCACUGCGCACGCAUUAUUUCCCCCUUAGUAUUAGGGCGAUGUCUUUACCUUCCUUUGUACCGUAUUUUUCACUCUAUAGGACGCACCUUUUCCCCUCCAAAAAUGAAGGGGGAAAGUGUGUGCAUCCUAUGGAGCGAAUGCAGGCUUUCGCUGAAGCCUGGAGAGCGAGAGGGGUCAGUGCGCACCGACCCCUCUCGCUCUCCAGGCUUCAGGAAGACAUCCGCAAGCCUGCGGACAGCUGCCUGCAGCCCGAAGUUUGGGGAGCGCGGCGUUGCACACCCCAGGCUUCAGGCAGGGCGGCGGGCUGAAGGCACCUCGCCGCCCUGCGGAGGCUUGAAAGGCUGUCCCCGAAGCUGCGCUCCAAAGGCUUCAGGGAUCUUGGAGGCUGGCGGUGGGGGAAAGCAGCGAUUCCCCCCACCGCCAGCCCCACAAGCUCGGGGGGCAACGGCAAGGCUGCGCGCAGCCUUUGCGCUGUUCCCCGACCUGCUCUUGAACGCACCUUGAACGCACCUUGUUUUUGAGGGGAAGAACAAGAAAACCCUGUUCUCCCCCUCCUAUGUCCGGUGUGUCCUAUGGUCCGGUGUGUCCUAUAGAGCGAAAAAUACGGCACUUGAUGGCAAGACAGGGUAUAAAUAAUAAAUUAUUAUUAUUAUUAUUAUUACUACCACCUCUAUGCUUUCGUUCCUGUUGCAGUUGGCUUUGAAUUCUGGAAGCAGCUCUGCGCAGAGCAUGGGAUCAGCCCCGAGGGCAUUGUGGAGGAGUUUGCCACCGAGGGCACUGACCGAAAAGAUGUCUUCUUCUACCAGGUACAAUAGGCUUCUGUUCCCUCUGCCUUGUGGGUUCUGAGGGGAGGUAGCCUCCCUCUGAUUCUGCAAUGAACAAAAUGCUCUGCUACGAGUGGGAACUGGACACAGCAGCCAAGAGUAAAGUGAAAGGAGAAGUGUCAUAGCAAGCAGGCAGAAUAAUAAUAAUUUAUUUAUAUACCUGCCCUCUUAUUGGGUUGCCCUAGCCCAGGGGUCUGCAACCUUUAAGACAAAAAGAGCCACUUGGACCCGUUUCCGAAGGGAAAAAAACUGGGAGCCGCAAAACCAUUGCGACAUUUAAAACAAAUAUAACACUGCAUAUAUUGUUAAUGUCCUUAAUGCCCGAUCUGACAGCGGGUGGGAAGGUGACGUCGGGACGGUUCGUGACUAACGCACGCGCCGCCCCCAUGCGACGUCACAGCCAGUACAGCGCCCGCCACAGUGGGGAGUGUCGGGGCGCACAAUGCGCCUCCUCCCCUCGCUAGUAUCCGCCCCGGAGCCGCGGCAAAGGUGUAAAAGAGCCACAUGCGGCUCCGGAGCCGCGGGUUGCAGACCCCUGACCUAGCCACUUGGGUGGCUUCCAUUAGAGCACAGUAAGACAUCAAACAUUAAAAACUUCCCUAUACAGGGCUGCCUUCAGAUGUCUUCUAAAAGUCAGUUGUUUAUUUCCUUGGCAUCUGACAGGAGGCUGCUCAAUAGGGCAGGCGCCACUACCGAGAAGGCCCUCUGCCUGGUUCCCUGUAGCCUCACUUCUUGCAAUGAGGGAACCACCAGAAGGCCCUCUGAGCUGAACCUCGGUGUCUGGGCUGAGCGAUGGGGUUAGAGAUGCUCCUUCGGGUAUACUGGGCCGAGGCCGUAUGGUAUCUGGGCAAAUAAAGCAAACUACAGUGGUACCUCUGGUUACGUACUUAAUUCGUUCCAGAGGUUAGUUCUUAACCUGAAACUGUUCUUAACCUGAAGCACCACUUUAGCUAAUGGGGCUUCCCGCUGCUGCUGCUGCACGUUCUGUUCUCAUCCUGAAGCAAAGUUCUUAACCUGAGAUACUAUUUUUGGGUUAGCGGAGUCUGUAACCUGAAGCGUAUGUAACCCGAGGUACCACUGUAAGUGGUUAUUAUGCCUGUACAUUGCAUCUGUUUGAAUAUGUUUAUUUUAUUGAAAUAUGAAACCAUUUUUUAUAAAAAAGACAAAAUAACAGCAGCUGGUAAGGCGCAUCCACUGUGCCCUCUUGUGGCAAUUCUCACUAUCUAUGUGUGGCACUCAUUUUAAGAUUACAGGUUUGCCGGCAGAAAAUUCCUGGAAGGGGCAGAGUGCUUUUUUUGGUGCUGUUGUCCUUUUGGUUCAAGGUGCUUGCGUUUCAUGUUAACAGGCAGACGAUGAACACUAUAUCCCGCGAGCUGUCCUCCUAGACCUGGAGCCACGAGUGAUCCAUUCCAUCCUGAACUCUCCGUAUGCCAACCUGUACAACCCAGAAAACAUAUACCUGUCUGAGCAUGGCGGCGGGGCCGGGAAUAACUGGGCCAGUGGCUUUUCACAGGUAAGAGGCUUCACGGAACUGGGGGCUGAGCAGCCUUGGUUCCUUAAAGGUAAAGGUAAAGGGACCCCUGACCAUUAGGGUUGCGGCACUCAUCUCGCUUUAUUGGCCAAGGGAGCCAGUGUACAGCUUCCAGGUCAUGCGGCCAGCAUGACUAAGCUGCUUCUGGCGAACCAGAGCAGCGCACGGAAACGCCGUUUACCUUCCCACUGGAGUAGUACCUAUUUAUCUACUUGCACUUUGAUGUGCUUUUGAGCUGCUAGUUUGGCAGGAGCAGGGACCGAGCAACGGGAGCUCACCCCGUCGCGCAGAUUCGAACCGCCGACCUUCUGAUCGGCAAGUCCUAGGCUCUGUGGUUUAACCCACAGCGCCACCCACGUCCCUUGGUUCCUUACUGGUGGGCAAAGAUACCCCCUUCAAAAUAGCAUCAUGUCUCAUAGUUUUUAACUGCUUGAAUGGAAGAUAUAAUCAACAGUAGGGUUUAGUUUCAUAGUUUUCUAAUUUUCUCUCGGCUUAAAAAGUCAAACGGAGGAUAAAUACAUGGGUUUGUUUUGCGAUUCUUUCUUCAGGGAGAAAAGAUCCAUGAAGAUAUAUUUGACAUUAUCGACAGAGAAGCUGACGGCAGUGACAGCUUAGAGGUAAGAGAAACCUUAAGAAGCAAGGAGGGAGCGACUGCCUUCAGGACUGUCCAAAACACAGCUAUGGCUGGCAUUUUGCUGGUCCAAGGAGGCCUUCCUGGUCUGUUUUCCUAAACUUUUCUGUUGGAAGCAGCUGUUUCUCUCCAGAUGGAUUCCAGUCCGUUUGUUCCAAAUCUUUAGCAGGGAUACAGUCAUACCUCAUGUUACGCAUGCUUCAGGUUGAGCAUUUUCAGGUUGCAUCCCACGGCGACCCGGAAGUACCGGAACGGGUUACUUCCGGGUUUCGCUGCUCGCGCAUGCGCAGACACGCAAAAUGACGUCGCGCGCAUGUGCAGAAGCAGCGAAUCGCGACCCGCGCAUGCACAUGCGCAGAUGCGGGUUGCGUUCUUUUCGGGUUGUGAAUGGGCCUCCAGAACGCAACCAGAGGUACCACUGUAUACUGCUUUUGUCCCUCUUUGAGGCCUUUUCCUGCAUGCUCUUCAAAAACAAACUUCUACUCACGUACAGGCAGGCUAAAUUUGGCUAUAUUUUAAUCCACAUCACUAAAUAAUUGCAUUGUUGUUGUUUGUUUAAAUCCUGCCUUUCUUCCAAAGAGCGCAAGCUGGGAUAUGUGGUUGUGGCUUCCUUCACUAUCCCUUUUUUUUAUUCUCGCAACAACCAUGCGACCCACGUUAGGCUGAGUGGUGGAGAUAACUGCUCAAAGAAGAUCACUCAGUCAGGUUUGUGACAGACUCUCCCCCAUGUUCCCCCCCACUCCUUUGUUUAGCUCAAAGCAGCUACAGAGGUAGGUGGCCAAUUAAAGGAGUGGCUCAAGGAAAAUAUGUUUUAACACCACCACCACCCUGGAUUUUUCCUUAUCUAAAUUGCAGCUCACCCCCAGCUAAUAAUUUGCACUUUGGGGGAGGACAUAAAGAUACCAUUCAGGUUUAUGUGUGCCUUACCCCAUUGGGCAAGGAGCAGCUUGGGAGUAGAGGAAGCUGUGGGAAACGGUGAAAAGUAAAGCAUUAAAAACCCUCUCACUGACAACUGAAUUACAGUCAAACCUUGGGUUACAGAUGCUUCAGGUUGUGUUUUUUGGGGGGGUUUGGGACCGCUGAAACCCGGAAGUACCAGAACGGGUUACUUCUGGGUUUCGGUGGCCACGCAUGCGCAGAAGUGCUAAAUCGCGCUUUGCACAUGCGCAGAAGUGCUGAAUCGCAACCCGCGCGUGCGUAGAUGCACCGCUGCAGGUUGCGAAUGUGCGUCCUGCACGGAUCACAUUCACAACUCGAGCAUCCACUGUAUUAAGAAAAACCUGCAGAUGAGCUCCUAGCAUCUGGCUAGACCUCAGUCCAUCCCUUUGACUACCACAGCCAGCGCUGAGAUAAUAAUAAUAAUUAAUUAAUAAUAAUAUAAUUUAUCAUCUGGCUGGGUUUCCCCAGCCACUCUGGGCAGCUCACAAUAGCUCACGAUAAAAGAUCAAACAUUAAAAACUUCACUAAAUAGGGCUGCCUUCAGAUGCUUUCUGAAAGUCAGAUAGUUGCUUAUUUCCUUAACGUCUGACGGGAAGGCGUUCCACAGGGCGGGUGCCACCACCGAGAAGGUCCUCUGACUGGUUCCCUGUGACCUCACUUCUCGCAGUGAGGGUGCCACCAGAAGGCCCUUGGCACUGGACCUCAGUGUCCGGGCUGAAGGAUGGGGGUGGAGACGCUUCUUUAGGUACACUGGACGGAAGCCGUUUAGGGCUUCAAAGGUCAGCACCAACACUUUGAAUUGUGCUCAGAAACGUACUGGGGGCCAAUGUAGCUCUUUCAGGACCGGUGUUAUGUGGUCUCGGCAGUCACUCCCAGUCACCAGUCUAGCUGCCGCAUUCUGGAUUAGUUGUAUUUUCUGGGUCACCUUCAAAGGAAGCCCCACGUAGAGCUGGCUGAGGAGGGACAGAGCCUGCUUCGUAGCAGGUAAAAAACAGCAGACUGGCAAAACUACGGUUGGUGAUGUUUCUGGCCUUGUAUACAAGGCUGCACCAGCUCUCGCAAACAGCUGUGUGUCACUCUUGCUCGUAGGAAGAAACACUUCUUUAAAAAUUCUUUUUAACUCCCCCAGAUCCCUUUCGUUUUAAUUCACUAGGUUACUCUUGCUAUUCCGCUGGCAGCUGCAACGAGGCACGACCUAUCUUGGCAGUCCGCCUGGCAGACCUCAGCAGCAGCCACCCUCUCUGGGCUCCUCCCUCCAGAGGAGUUCAGACUUUUGCUCGGCUGCUGCUUCCAGGUACAGACUUACACCUUGGGGAUUUGUCUGUCUCCGGCUGCUUGCGUGCCACUGAGACUAGUAAAACGAGAGAGACGCUUUUCUGCUUCACAGUCAAGGAUGGCAGUUCUAUUCAAUGCGACACCUUGUUACUUCCUUUAGCUGUCAGUGUGCAAUCCGUGGUCUGGUUAGCUUCUGCCUGUUACUUGCCUUUUUGGAAAUCCUCCAGGUAUACUGCUUUGAAUCCCUUAGGCAGAUAGAAACUGUUGCUAUUCCCUCUCAUGCCAGGCUUGAGUGAUCAGGUGUCUUGAUACAGGGCUGUCCAAAAACAGGUUAGUGUUUUCUGCUUGUAUGAGAUUCCACUAGGCACACAUUCAUUGCCUUGUAGAUUAAAGGAAGAAAAGUUGUUGUUGUUGUUUUAAAGCAGCUCAAUUAGGCUCAGUAAAUUUCUGGAAUUAAGGAAAAGUUAAUUCCCUCUCUCUCUAAUAUGGGGAAGUUGAUUUUGUCUCUCUCUUUCCAUCUCUCCCUCCCUCUCUCUUUCUCUCCAUAUUCAGUGGUACCUUGGUUCUCAAACUUAAUCCAUUCCGGAAGUCAAAACCUGCCAAGGAGUCCAGUUCAUUUUGGUGUCUUUUUAGAUAAUUUGUAAAAAGGUUCCCAUUCUUCCUUAAAGUCACCGUUGUCCUUCUCUCGCAGUUUGUAUGUCAAUUUAGCCAAUUCUGCAUAACUCAUCAUUUUUUCUUGCCACUGUUCUUUCGUUGGGAUUUCCUCAUUCUUCCAUCCUUGUGCUAACAAGACUCUUGCCACUGUUGUAGCGUACAUAAAUAAAUUCUUUGUUUUUCUACUAACCUGUAAGUUAUAAGUCUGCAUUCUGAAUUGAAAACAGGUUUCAAGGUCCUUUUCUUCUCUUGACUCCCCAACAGAUUUAUGUAAUCCACUCUGUUUUUCAGGCAACAUUGAGGAACAUGGUUACAAUUAGGGUUAGGGGACAGGGGUGCGGCAAAUCUCCUGGGGCGUUUGAGCUGCGGAUGUUGUGUUGUCCUUAAAUUUAUCCAUCGCCUGUCUCGAGAAGAUUCAAGGCAGCUUGUAGAAAUACAAAGUAUGCAAAAGGUUAACAAAAAAACUAACAAACCCCAAAGUAGCCGUUUAUCCAUACAAUAGCGAAACAAUUGAGCUCCGCUAAAAAUAAUCCUAAGGUCAACAUCGACGCAGUGGACAGAUCAGUUGGAAUUAAUAACGAAUAAAAGCAGGAAAUCCCAUACAAAAAACCCAGCGGAGUAGGGGAAGGUUUUACAAUACAGUGGUGCCCCGCAAGACGAAUGCCUCGCAAGACGGAAAACCCGCUAGACGAAAGGGUUUUCCGUUUUUGAGUUGCUUCGCAGGACGAAUUUCCCUAUGGGCUUGCUUCGCAAGACGAAAAUGUCUUGCAAGUCUUGAGAUUUUUUUGCUUUUCGCCCCUUUAUCUAAUCUGCUAAGCCUUUAAUAGCCUUUAAUAGCCUUUUAGCAGCUAAUCCGCUAAGCCUUUAAGCCUUUAAUAGCCGCUAAACCGCUAAUAGCGCUAAUCCGUUAAGCCGCUAAUAGGGUUGCUUCGCAAGACGAAAAAACCGCUAGACGAAGACUCUCGCGGAACGGAUUAAUUUCGUCUUGCGAGGCACCACUGUAAAAUAAAAGCAGUGAGGGCAAGGAAUAAGGUUGCAGCUAAAAAACAAAGGAAUCCUUCCAUACAGUCCACCCUUUCAGAUUUGCUUUUUAUUUUAUUUAUUUCAGGACUGAAAAGGUUACAAGACGGUAAUGCAGAAAGCAAUUGGGCAGCAGCGUUGUCUGAAUUUUCCAUGCAAACUUAAUGAACAGAGCAUGGCAGUUUUUUUAAAAAAUGGGCUAGUUCAACCAUCCUUCACCUGUUGAGUACAGGUAAAGGUAAAGGACCCCUGGACAGUUAAGUCCAGUCAAAGGCAACUUUGGGGUUGCUGCGCUCAUCUCUCUUUCAGGCCAAGGGAGCUGGCGUUUGUCCACAGACAGCUUUCCGGGUCAUGUGGCCAGCAGGACUAAACUGCUUCUGGCACAACGGGACACCAUGACGGAAACCAGAGCGCAAGAAACCGCCAUUUACCUUCCCGCCAUAGCAGUACCUAUUUGUCUACUUGCACUGGUGUGCUUUUGAACUGCUAGGUUUGGCAGGAGCUGGGACAGAGCAACGGGAGCGCACCCCGUCGCAGGGUUUCGAACCGCCAACCUUCCGAUCGGCAAGCCCAAGAGGCUCCGUGGUUUAGACCACAGCACCACCCGCGUCCCUUGUUGAGUACAGACAGUGGCUUCGAUUGUCCUUUGGCCUGACGGUUGUAAUGUGCAUUGACAUAUUUUCUGUUGCACGUCGUUCUUUCCUCCAGGGUUUUGUCCUGUGCCAUUCCAUCGCCGGUGGGACAGGCUCUGGUCUGGGCUCUUACCUCCUGGAGAGAUUAAAUGACAGGUGAGCAAUGGCAUAAAAACCCCACACAUGCAUGGACCCAUAUGCACACACCACUGGGGGAGCGGUAGGCGAUGCAGCCAGGCAGGCUAUUUUGGAGAGCAAGCAGCCCAGCGGAUGAGUAAGACGCCCGGCUGACUCAGAGUCAGGCCUGCCCCACCCAGACACCAGCUUGGGCAAGCCUUGGAGCUGGUGAAGUUGUGACUUGAAACGGGGGGAAGAGGCUGAGAUCAGCCUGCCGCCACAGGCAAGGAAUGUUCUUGAGCUUUCGCUAAAGCAAACCGCAUCUCUUUGGCGUCGGCACGUAGCGAUUUGCGAGCCUGUAUCCUUGCAAGAUUUUCAGAAAUUGCGAGGAAGGGGACGGAGCCGUUGGUGACGGUACAGAUACAUCGCAGCCUUUACUUGACUCCUGCCCUUUGGCCUAGGAAAUAACGCCCCAAGUAAACACUCCAUGGUUGUGGUUAUUUUUCAUUAUGUUUGAAAGCGGCAACUUCUCGGUUUUUGCCAAAAUAGGGGGGCUGUGAUUUCCCCACACGAUUGUAGUACAGUGGUACUUCGGGUUACAUACGCUUCAGGUUACAUACGCUUCAGGUUACAGACUCCGCUAACCCAGAAAUAGUACCUCGGGUUAAGAACUUUGCUUUAGGAUGAGAACAGAAAUCGUGCUCCGGCAGUGCGGCAGCAGCGGGAGGCUCCAUUAGCUAAAGUGGUGCUUCAGGUUAAGAACAGUUUCAGGUUAAGUACGGACCUUUGGAACGAAUUAAGUACUUAACCCGAGGUACCACUGUAAUCUCAUUUUGACUCAAGAAAAUCAUCAUUUUCUAGUUCAAAUCGUGGGAAAUAAAUACAGUCUAAUAAGAAGUCUAAUAAGAACUCAUGUACUUGUGCCCCAUAGUAUUAUAGUGGUACCUUGGUUACAUACGCUUCAGGUUACAUACGCUUCAGCUUACAGACUCCACUAACCCAGAAAUAGUACCUUGGGUUAAGAACUUUACCUCAGGAUGAGAACAGAACUCGCGCAGCGGCAGGAGGCCCCAUUAGCUAAAGUGGUACCUCAGGUUAAGAACAGUUUCAGGUUAAGAACAGACCUCAAGAACGAAUUAAGUUCUUAACCCGAGGUACCACUGUACUUGAAAAAACGACAUGUUUGUCCCACUCCAUUAAAUCUUCCUCUACCUCUCAGUGGGAAGUAAAGCAUACAGAUGACCUUGUGAUUACUGUGGAAGACCUGAUGGUCAGUAUACCACGGGUCUUGGAUAAGAUUUGUGAGUUUGGGCAGGUAGCGGGUUUCAAGUUAAAAAAAGUAAAAUGAAAAUGUUGGUGCAAAAUGUGGCAGAACAACAUAAAAAAGACCUACAAUAAAUUACAGAAUUGAUAACAGAGAAGAAUGUCAAAUACUUAGGAGUGUGGUUGACAGCUAAGAAUAUAAAUAUCUUUAAGGAUAACUAUACAAAUACCUGGAAAGAAAUAAAGAAAAAUUUGGAGGUAUAGGGAAGGAUGAAUUUAUCUCUGUGGGGGAGGAUAUCAGUCAUAAAAAUGAAUGUAUUGCCAAGAAUGUUAUAUUUGUUCCAAUCGAUACCUGUAAUCAGCGGUGCAGGACACUUCAAGGAACGGCAGAAAUAUAUAUCUAAAUUUAUCUGACAGGGGAAGAAGCCAAGAAUAAAGUAUAAAUUGUUAACGGACUCUGCCAGGAGUCAGUAAGAUACCACACAAGGCUCAUCACACCAACAUCUGAUUAGGCCUCAGCCCAGUAGCACAUCUAAUCUCCUAAAAUGGUUCCCGGGUCGUCAUGCACACCCACUGUGGCCACAGAAACGAGUCCUUCAAAAGCACAGAGAGAUACAGGAUGUUUGUCUUUACUGAAGCGGCCGUCUCUCUCCUCGCAGGUACCCCAAGAAGCUGGUGCAGACAUACUCGGUCUUUCCUAACCAGGAUGAGAUGAGCGAUGUGGUUGUGCAACCGUACAACUCUCUCCUGACCCUCAAGCGGCUGACACAGAAUGCCGACUGUGUGGUAAGGGGUACAAAAUUGGGGGUUGCCACGGGGGGUGGGGAAGGCAAAACUCCCUUCCUUCCUUCCGUCCCUUGUCCCCCAGGUCUCAGUAGUAGAGCUGAGAAACCUAACACCCUAUUCUUAAAUACAGUGGUACCUUGGUUCUCGAAUUUAAUCCGUUCCAGGAGUCCAUUUGACUCCCGAAAUGGUUCGAAAACCAGUCAAUCGGAAGUUCCGUCAGACAUUUGGCUUCCGAAAAGCGUUCGCAAACCGGAACACUCACUUCCGGGUUUGCUGCGUUCAGGAGCCAAUUUGUUAGGGAGCCCAGCUGUUCGACAACCAAGGUACCAUUGUGUAUGGAGAGAUGGACCACGGGAACAAUUUCCGUAGAGUUGGUUGGUUUUUUAAGGUUUCGCUGGUCGUACGGCAACACAGUCAGAGUCAGGGAGCUUCUGGGUGUUUCCCGAGCUUCCAUUGUUGUUUUAUACAUUGUUCCCUAGUACCUCCAUGACAGUUAACCCUGUAAUGUGGCUGAGAAUUCAGCUGAGAACAGUCAGGAAACGAAUGGGGAUGUGGGGUGGAAUUGAAACAUCGUGUGUCCAAACUAAGAAUUUGUCAAGAAUGUAUAACUUGCUGCUGAAAUGGAACGCUCAGGAUGAAACGGUAAAAUCGGCUAUGAUUAAAUGGGCACAAGACGUUGGACACAACAUUAUGUUCACUGACUGGGAACAGUUAUGGACCACAGGUAUGAAAUUUACGGCAUGUAAUGCCCUAAGAGAGAAUAUUAUGAAAAUGAUAUACAGGUGGUACAUAACCCCAGUCAAGCUUGCAAAAAUCUAUCAUUUGCCCGAUAAUAAAUGUUGGAAAUGUAAAGAAACAAGGUACAUUUUUUCACCUUUGGUGGACAUGCCCAAAGAUUAAGGCUUUCUGGGAAAUGAUAUAUAAUGAAUUAAAAAAGGUAUUCAAAUAUACCUUCCCCAAGAAACCAGAGGCCUUUCUCCUGGGCAUAGUCGGCCAAAUGGUGAUAAUAGAGGAUAGAACUUUCUUUAUGUAUGCAACAACAGCAGCAAGAAUACUCAUUGCAAAGUAUUGGAAGACACAAGAGCUUCCCACGCUGGAGGAAUGGCAGAUGAAACUGAUGGACUAUAUGGAACUGGCGGAAAUGACUGGUAGAAUCCGUGACCAGGGAGAAGAGUCGGUGGAGGAAGAUUGGAAGAAAUUCAAAGACUAUCUGCAGAAACAUUGCAAAAUUAAAGAAUGUUAGAGUGAUGUUGGAUUAAAAAUAAGUGGUUUCCAGCUGUUCAGGAUUUAAAGUUAUGGAUAGAUUAAGAUUAAGGAUUAGGAUUAAAAAAAAUUUAAGGAAAUGGAAAUUUGGUUUUUAAAAGGUAAAAUUUUAAUGUUAUAUUAUAUUAAGGGUAAAGAUUGGGAUUAAAAAAGAGGGAAAGAAAUUGCUGGACAAACAAUUUGAACUGGAAUACAAAAGAGGGAGGUACGAGGAGGUCCAGAAAAUAAGUAAAUUUAAAAAUGGAGAGGAAAAGGUGAUAUUGUUUUUAAUUGUUCUAUUUUCUUUUUUGUCUUUUUUUUUGUGUUCCUUUUUUAUUUUAUUUUUCUGUUGGAUUAUGUAUUGUGUAUUUUUGAAUUGUGUAUUUUUUUAUGUUUUAUGUUUAAUCUUUUAUCGAAACUUUAAUAAAUAUCUUUUUAAAAAAAAAAAAAAAAAGGAACAUCGUGUGUCCAUUAAACGGGCAGAGGAUGCCCUCCCUCACCGCAUGUACUCAUCCUUUGCUUCUUAACCCUUGUCUCCCCUUUGAUAGGUGGUUCUAGACAACACAGCCCUGAACCGCAUUGCGACUGACAGACUGCAUAUCCAGAAUCCCACCUUUUCCCAAAUUAACCAGCUGGUGAGUAAGCAGGGAUGAUGGGAGAAGAAGAUGUUGUCCCCGCCCCCAAGCCUCUGAAGAAGGAAGGCUGGGGGUUAAAGUGAUGUCAAAAUACAGGGCAGGGAAUUUAAAUCUGCUGUUUACUAUAACUUUGGUUCUGCAGGCCCUUUUAAAAAUGGCAACUGUAUGCCACUUUAAAGAAAAAUGCGCUCAUGAAAAGUGGCACGUAAUGUUUUCAGGCAAAUAAAAGUGUGGGCUUCUAAUGAACUUGACCCAAAUGACAUUUUUGCCCCACCCUAUUCACUUGCUAGGGACGCAGGUGGCGCUGUGGGUUAAACCACAGAGCCUGGGACUUGCCAAUCAGAAGGUCAGCAGUUCGAAUCCCCGCGACGGGGUGAGCUCCCGUUGCUCAGUCCCUGCUCCUGCCCACCUAGCAGUUCGAAAGCACGUCAAAGUGCAAGUAGAUAAAUAGGUACCGCUCCGUCGGGAAGGUAAACGGCGUUUCCGUGCGCUGCUCUGGUUCGCCAGAAGCGGCUUAGUCAUGCUGGCCACAUGACCCGGAAGCUGUACGCCGGCUCCCUCAGCCAAUAAAGCGAGAUGAGCACCGUAACCCCAGAGUCGGUCACGACUGGACCUAAUGGUCAGGGUCCCUUUACCUUUAUUCACUCGCUAGAAAUAAGCAAACUCCUCUUUUUCAGAUUUCAGCGUUGGGCAUUUCUCAUUUGCCAGCUAUUGGUUUUUCUCAUGUUCUACGCAAGUUUGAGUAUUUGGGUGUUUUUACUGGCUUGUGUUGGGUUGUGUGUAGUUAAUUUAAGAGUGCUAUUACAUCUUGCAAGAUUAAUUGCCUUAUUCCAGAGAUGAGAGCCCAGUAGAAGGGCUGGUUAACCUGGUUCUCAUACGUCCAAGCCCAAUAUUUGCAUCCCAGGAAAGGCUCCAUUUUGGCUCCAUUUAUUUUUUAAACUUGGAAGGAUUUGGAAUAAACUCUUAGCGCUGGCACAUCUCCCUCUGACUCAGCGUUGUGGCCCACAUUGGACCUGGGAUAACCCAGUCAGCAGAGCAGGAGACUCCUCAUCUCAGGGUUGUGAGUUUGAGCCCCACAUUGGGCAAAAGAUUGCUGCAUCUUUGGGGUUGGACCAGAUGACCUUUGUGGUCCCUUCCAACUCUAUGAUUCUGUUAUAUUUUAGGAUUCUGAGAGGAGGUUGAGAGAAGUGGUCCUGGAAAAUAGACACAUGUUCCUUUUCCUGGAGCCCCUUGAAAACAGUACAGUACCUUGGAAGUUGAACGGAAUGUAUUCCGGAAGUCCGUUCGACUUCCAUUCGGAAACCAAGGCGCGGGUUCUGAUUGGCUGCAGGAAGCUUCUGUAGCCAAUCGGAAGCCGCGGAUAUCAUGGCAAGAGAAAUUGAUGGAUUAUGCAGAACUGGCAAAAUUGACACAUAAGCUAUGGGAGAAGGACAAGUGUGAUUUCAAAGAUGAAUGGGAACCCUUUACAAAGAACUUGAUGACGCAACAAAGUGAAUUGGAUUCUUUGGCAGGUUUUGAAUAAACACAAACUCUUUAUUGACAAUAAUCAGUUGGAUAAUUUAAGGAUUUAUACAAAUUUGUAACGUGCAGAGAACAGUAUCCACAGAGAAACCAAAGAUUGGAACUGAGGGGAGUCGGUGGGGGAAUCCUUUAUGGGAGGGUGGAGGGAGGGAGGAAAAUUGGGAAAAUUAAGGAUGCGAUAUUUUUGGAUAAUAUGUUUUGUUUAAGUUUAUAAUAAAAAAUUAUUUUAAAAAAGGAAGCCGUGGAUGCCCCGUCGGACGUUCGGGUUCCAAAGAACGUCCGCAAACCGGAACACCCACUUCCAGGUUUGCGGCGUUCAGGAGCCAAAACGUCCGAGUACCAAAGCGUUCGGGAUCCAAGGUAGGAAUGUGUUCUCCUUUUGGUGUUGGCAAAAAGUCUUGCCCUGGCUUACGGUUUUGGUUUUGCUUCCUUGGCUAGGUCUCCACCAUCAUGUCUGCCAGCACCACCACGUUGCGCUACCCGGGCUACAUGAACAAUGACUUGAUCGGGCUGAUCGCCUCCCUGAUUCCCACUCCCAGAUUGCACUUCCUGAUCACGGGCUACACCCCUCUCACCACAGACCAGGCUGUAAGUGCUUUCCUGCCUCUGAUUCUAAGCCAAGCUCUGUGAGUUCUCAUGCUUGUUCCAUUACUGGCUCUUGGCCCCCCUCUGCACCCUCAAGGGGUCUGAGAAGAGACCGUCUUCAGUCUCCUGCCCUCCUGUUUUAAUGGCCAGCCAUUUCACAUCCUAGAAACUGUGCAGUCAGAAUGUGUCCAGUCUAUGGUUGCAAUGAUUAUAAUGGUGUUAGAGGCCUGCGGGCAGUGCUUUUCUUCUAAAACAAUGCUUAGGGGUACUCUCAUUUUGACUCAAGAAAAUCACCAUUUUCUAGUUCAAAUCAGGGGAAAUACCGUAUUUUUCGCUCUAUAAGACGCACUUUUCCCCUCCUAAAAAGUAAGGGGAAAUGUGUGUGCAUCUUAUGGAGCGAAUGCAGGCUGCGCGGCUAUCCCAGAAGCCAGAACAGCUAGAGGGAGCCUUCAUCCCCGUGCCCUGUGGAGGCUUCGCGGGGCUAUCCAAAAGCCAGAACAGCUAGAGGGAGGGCUGCGCAGUGCUUCCUCUAGCUGUUAUAGCUUCGCGCGAAGCCUCCGCAGGGCACGGGGAGCCUUCAUCCCCGUGCCCUGCGGAGGCUUCGUGCAGCUAUACCCCAAGAGCCUCGCUCCCUUUAAAGAGCUGCAAGGUGUGUGUGUGCGGCGCUUGCAGGCUUUUCCCCAAGGAGGGAGAAGGGCAGCCCGUCAUCUCGCGGCUCGUGAAAGGGAGAGCUGAGCAGAGCCUGGGAUGCAUAUGGGCUCUGCUCAGUGCUCCCGUUAAAGAAUUUUUUUUCUUGCAUUCCCCCUCUAAAAACUAGGUGCGUCUUAUGGAGCGAAAAAUACGGUAAAUACAGUAAAUGGACAAAAGCACAAAGAACAUGCAUUGCCUCCUAUUACACAGCUGUCAGCUCCCAGUAACCUCCACAUUGACAUGAGGUUUUGUGCACGAAUAUCUUCCCGAAACUGACCCAUCGCCGUUCUAGAUUCCAACUCCUACUUCACACAUUAAACGCUCGCUUCCGUCUGAGACUCAGGAAACACCGUGACAUGGAAUGAGGCUGCCAUCGGGGGUAGAAACAGAACUGACGAUUGACCGUGCUAGAGAAGAAACUGAUAUUUUUUUUUGAAAUUUUUAGUUUCUUCUCCCGUUAGAUCACAAAAUGUUUAGGGGUAUGUGUCCCCCUGUGUCCUCCCCAGAGAAAAUCGCUGCCUGCAGGUGCGCAGAAACGAAAAGGAAGGGUAAUACCUGAGGCUGACCCCUUUGGCAGCACUCCCACCCUGCUAAAUACAGAUGUUUUCUCCCCUUUUCACCUCUUCCCUCGCAAGCAGCAGCAGAAGACGCAGAAGGGCAGAUCGCAGAGGCUGGGAGUUCAGAAAAGGGUAUCAAAUGCAUGGUGUGGGUGUGACGUCUUCAGUGUGUGAGAGAGCUCUCUCGCUCCCUAUUUUCUUGACCUUGAUCUGUGGAUACAGGGUUUGACCUGGCAGCUGGUCUUUCUGUUUCUAUCUCUGUCACUUAAGGGAAGCCAGGGUGGCCCAAGAAGGUGAAUCUGCUCCCCCAAAUAUCAGACAAACUCGCUCUACGUGGGGCUGCCCAUGAGACUGACCCAGAAACUCCAGCGGGUGCAGAAUGCCGCAGUGAGAUGCCUUACGGGGUCCUUGCUGCGAUAUCACAUUCACCCGGUGCUAUACCAGCUGCACUGGCUCCCGGUGGAGUACAGGAUCAGGUUUAAGGUGCUGGUUUUAAGCUUUAAAGCCCUAUACGGCCUAGGACCCUCGUACCUACGGGACCGCCUCUCCUGGUAUGUCCCACAGAGGAACUUACGGUCUUCAAACAAAAACAUCCUGAAGGUCCCAGGCCACAGAGAGGUUAGGCUGGCCUCAACUAAAGCCAGGGCUUUUUCGGCUGUGGCUCCAAUCUGGUGGAACGCUCUGUCACAAGAGACUAGGGCCCUGAGGGACUUGACAUGUUUCCGCAGGGCCUGCAAGACAGAGCUGUUCCACCAGGCCUUAGGUCAGGGCACAGCCUGACUCCCUCCUUUGGCAAUCUUCACUGAACUUUAGUCCAAUGGUUGCCAUCAAUUUGAGUUGAAUUAAUUUUAAUGAAAUGAUUUUAGAAUGUUGUAUUAUUUUAUUGUUGUUAGCUGCUCUGAGCCCGGCUUCGGCUGGGGAGGGCGGGAUAUAAAUAAAAUUUAUUAUUAUUAUUAUUAUUAAAAGAGAUGUUGUAUGAGGCGUGUUAACUAAAGCUGGGAGGCUGAAACAUUUUCCUUCCGAAUGGUCUUGGAACCUAGGGGUGAUUCUUCUGUAAUGUCUCAAGAUAGCCUCUUGGUGAAGACACUUCCUGAAAUGGAUAAUUCUUCCCAGCUGUGAUGAUCCACUCUCUGUGUGCGGCAUGAACAUUUCAUUUCUCCUACCAAUACUGACCUCUCUACCAAUACUGGCCUAUACUGACCUCUCUCCCCCCCGCCCCCCGCAGGUGGCCAGCGUCCGCAAAACCACCGUCCUUGACGUGAUGCGGCGGCUGCUGCAGCCCAAGAACGUCAUGGUGUCCAUGGGGCGUGACCGGCAGACGAACCAUUGCUACAUCGCCAUCCUUAACAUCAUCCAGGGGGAAGUGGACCCCACCCAGGUCAGUGGCUAGAGAGAGAUCAGCCAUAGGAGAGGGACUGUAUGGAAGAACCUGCACCAGGGGGGUCACUGCUCAUGAUGGGCAGUGUCAAGGAAAGCAAUCUGAGAACCGCAUACCCACAUUUCAUUCAUAAAUAAAAAAAUAACCCUGCCCAUCUGGCUGGGUUUCCCCAGCCACUUUGGGCGGCUUCCAACAAAAUAUUAAAAACAUUAUAAACUUCACUAAAGAGGGCUGCCUUCAGAUGUCUUCUAAAAAUCAGAUAGUUCUUUAUUUCCUUGACAUCUGACAGGAGGGCGUUCCACAGGGCGGGCGCCACUACCGAGAAGGCCCUCCGCCUGGUUUUCUGUAAGCUCCCUUCUCUCAGGGAGGGAACCACCAGAAGGCUCUUGGAGCUGGACCUCAGUGUCCGGGCUGAAGGAUGGGGGUGGAGACGCUCCUUCAGGUAUACUGGGACGAGGCUGUUUAGGGCUUUAAAGGUCAGCACCAACACUUUGAAUUGUGCUUGGAAACGUACUGGGAGCCAAUGUAGCUCUUUCAGGACCAGUGUUAUGUGGCCUCGGUGGCUGUUCCCAGUCACCAGUCUAGCUGCCGCAUUCUGGAUUAGCUGCAGUUUCUGGCUCACCUUCAAAGGUAGCCCCAUGUAGAGCACAUUGCAGUAGUCCAAGCGGGAGAUAACUAGAGCAUGCACCAAUCUGCGGGCCAGAUGGAGCUGGUAGACAGGUGUCCUGGACACAGAAUUGUCCUGUGCCUCCAUGGGCAGCUGUGAGUCCAAAAUGACUCCCAGGCUGCGCACCUGCUCCUUCAGAGGCACAGUUACCCCAUUCAGGACCAAAGAGGCCCCCACGCCUGCCCACUCAUCCCCCCAAAACAGUACUUCUGUCUUGUCAGGAUUCAACCUCAAUCUGUUAGACGCCAUCCAUCCUCCAACCACCUCCAGACACCUCUGCGGUGCCUGUGGAAUGCUGAAGAGAUCCACCACUACUCAAAAUAUAAAGUGUCCACAGUCUCUUCCUAGCCUGGAUAGCUCAGUUGGUUCAAGCAUGGUGCUGAGAAUGCCAAGGUCGCAGGUUCGAUCCCAGUAUGGGGCAGCUGCUUAUUUCCAUAUUACAGGGGGUUGGACUGGGUCAGGGGUUUCCCGAACGUGGGUCUCCAGCUGUUUCUGGACUACAACUCCCAUCAUCCCUUGCUAGCAUGGGUAGGGAUGAUGGGAAUUGUAGUCCAAAAACAGCUGGAGACCUAAGUUUGGGAAACCCUGGACUAGGCAAUCGUCAGGGUCUCUUCCAACUCCUACCUUUCUAUGAUCCAAAGAGGAAGCAGUCAGGAUAGCUCGGUUGGUAGAGCACGGCACCCUUCAUCUCAAGGUUGUGGGUUCGAGUUCCGCAGUGGGUGAAAAAUUGCUGCAUUGCAGGGGGUCAGACUAGAUGACCCUCGUGGUCCCUUCCAACUCUAGAAUUCUAUACAGGUCCCUCGGUUUGCACACUUGAAAAUAAUCUGCCUUCCUUACAGGUCCACAAGAGCCUGCAGCGGAUCCGAGAAAGGAAGCUGGCCAAUUUCAUUCCCUGGGGCCCAGCCAGCAUCCAAGUAGCGCUUUCUAGGAAGUCUCCAUACUUGCCAUCAGCACACCGAGUCAGCGGUCUGAUGAUGGCCAACCAUACCAACAUUUCGUCGGUGAGUCUGGGUGCAAGCACGGAUGCGUCCGUUUACUAAGGGGAUUGGUGUUUUCAGGCCUAAUAAAUAUUGCCCUGGCAGCAUGCCUGUUACUCCCAUCUACUCUCCUGACUAGUAGCUAACGCUGAUCACAGUCCAGGAACGGCUUGUAAACUGGAUUCAGUUUCCCUUAAGGCUUUUCGUGCUCAAGUUUCAAGUUUGUUGAGAUAUAUGUAAGAAAAGCAAGGGCCGUAAGAUGAUAGCUCUCUGAAAGUAAAUGUAGGGGAGAAAAGAAAGUCCUGUAAGAUGUUCCUGGAGAGGCUUCUAGUAAAGGGUGGGUGGUUCUGGGUUGUUUGGAGAGGGUGUUGCUGUGACUGUAUGGAGCAAUGGGCAGAACUAUGGUGCAUGCUCUGGUUAUCUCCCUCUCGGACUACUGCAAUGCGCUCUACGUGGGGCUACCUUUGAAGGUGACCCGGAAACUGCAAUUAAUCCAGAAUGCGGCAGCUAGACUGGCGACUGGGAGUGGCCGUCGGGACCACAUAACACCGGUCCUGAGAGAUCUGCAUUGGCUCCCAGUACGUUUCCGAGCACAAUUCAAAGUGUUGGUGCUGACCUUUAAAGCCCUAAACGGCCUCAGCCCACUAGACCUGAAGGAGCAUCUCCAGCCCCAUCGUUCAACCCAGACACCGAGGUCCAGCGCCGAGGGCCUUCUGCGGUUCCCUCACUGCAAGAAGUGAGGUUACAGGGAACCAGGCAGAGGGCCUUCUCAGUGGUGGCACCCUCCCUGUGGAACGCCCUCCCAUCUGAUGUCAAGGAAAUAAACAACUAUCUGACUUUUAGAAGACAUCUGAAGGCAGCCCUGUUUAGGGAAGUUUUUAAUGCUUGAUGUUUUAUUAUGUUUUUGUAUGUGAGUUGGAAGACGCCAAGAGUGGCUGGGACAACUCAGCCAAUUGGGUGGUGUAUGAUGAUGAUGAUGAUGAAACCAUUAGGAUUUAAAAACCUCCAUGGGUAGACCAUCCCAAGAGAUCCCCAGCCCCUGUUGACAGCUGGUCCGGAGGCUUUAGAUGCAGCCAGAGAUGGCAGCAGUGAAAAAAAUCCUUCCCCGCUGCAACUUAAUCUGUAAUACAUUGGGCAGUGGAGCUCUUUCAAGUGCUGAGAGGCCUAGUUGCAUUCUGAGCAGCAGGAGCCAUUGGAACUAUUAGCAACCCUACUGCACAAAACAUACCAUAGUUGUUGGGUUUUUUAAGUCGCCGAUUUAUUUCAGCUUGGCUCCACCUUGAUGCAAAACCUACAGCGCCCUGCCCCCCUGUGGCUUUCUGAGCUGUGUGGUAUAGUGGUUAGGAGCAGUGGACUCGUAAUCUGGCGAACCGGGUUCGCUUCCUCGCUCCUCCACAUGCAGCUGCUGGGUGACCUUGGGCCAGUCACACUUCUCUGAAGUCUCUCAGCCUCACUCACCUCACAGAGUGUUUGUUGUGGGGGAGAAAGGGAAAGGAGAUUGUUAGCCACUUUGAGACUCCUUAAAGGUAAAGGGACCCCUGACUAUUAGGUCCAGUUGUGGCCGACUCUGGGGUUGCGGCGCUCAUCUCGCUUUAUUGGCCGAGGGAGCCGGCGUACAGCUCAUGUGGCCAGCAUGACUAUGCCGCUUCUGGCGAACCAGAGCAGCGCACGGAAACGCCGUUUACCUUCCCGCCGGAGCGGUUCCUAUUUAUCUACUUGCACUUUGAUGUGCUUCACUUUGAUGUGCUUUCGAACUGCUAGGUGGGCAGAAGCAGGGAUCGAACAACCGUCGCGGGGAUUCGAACCGCCGACCUUCUGAUCGGCAUGCGCUAGGCUCUGUGGUUUAACCCACAGCACCACCCGCGUCCCUCCUUAGGUGAUAAAGCGGGAUAUCAAAUCCAAACUCUUCUUUUACCCAGCUCUUUGAACGCACCUGCCAGCAGUACGACAAGCUGCGCAAACGCGAAGCCUUCCUGGAGCAGUUCCGCAAGGAGGACAUCUUCAAGGAGAACUUUGAUGAGCUCGACGACUCCCGGAAGGUUGUCCAGGAGCUGAUAGACGAAUACCACGCCGCCACCCGGCCUGACUACAUCUCCUGGGGCACACAAGAGCAGUGAGGCAUGGGCACCCCUCCGGAAGUGACAAAGAUGCCGUCCUUCACCUCCUGUGACCCAGGGCUGGGGCUGUGAGGGUACUUGCAGGUCCCUAAACAGGGGAAGGGAUUCCUUGUGUUGUUUUUGGCUCUCCUGUUAGAAUAUCCAUCACUUGUCAAGCUGCAGCCUAAUGCUCCCAUUCCUGGGCCUGACUGCACCCCCGUUGCCUUAAAAGAACCAGGCUGUCUCUCUGGCAUUUUCCCCUGGAGCGAGUCUGGUUAGCAGCAUUAGGAUAGCUCCUUUUCUUGUUUGUUCCUUUCCAUGUCCCUAAGAAGCUUUACCCUCUGCUAAGCGGUUUUCCUGUCGCACGUGUGUUUUAUUGAAACUUAUUCGAUCGCAGGCGGAAAUAAGCACCAAAGAGAUGCAACGUUUUGAAGUUAACUAGGCAUCUGUGUUUCUGUGUAUUUUGUGUUACCGUCCCACAGCAGCUGAAAGAAACUGUGCCGUAGCUACACAUAAGACAGGACACGGGUGAGGAGAUACCAGACUACCAGGCAGAACCUCUAGCAUAGCAUCCGGCUACCUUUUUUUAACAGGGAGGUUCAUGCUGAUAAAGGGACAGGACCAUGGAGACCAGUAGCAGGGAUGAAAAAGACAUAUUCUUUGCUCUUAAAGCUGCUGAACAAAAGAACCCUUUAUUCCCUUUUCUUUUGGGUAGCAAUGGUAUUUGUUUUCUUUUGCUCCAAACAACACAAUAGGAUUCUCCUCCUAUUUCCUACCAUGAAUUCUUCUAAAAGCUCUUGCACCUUGAGGAAACUGCAUUAGCAUGGCUCAACCUGUUGAGGGAUGCACUGGCGUAAGGGUGGCUUGGCAGGGGCUGCAUGGGAACUGGGGUGGGGUUGGCCCUGCCGCAGCCAAAUGAGGCUACAGGUUGUCUCCCUCUGCUCUGCACACCCCAACCACUGCAGGAGAAACAGGAGCCCACAAAUGGAUUUGUCAUGAUGGGCAAGAAUUGAUGCCUCGCAUUUUGCCCUCUUUAAAAACAAUAAAUUGCCAGAUUAACCUUUUCAGCUGCUGACACUUCCUGACGCACGAUACAUCAAGCUCUUUAUUCUUUCUCGCCAUCUUGCUGCACUCCAGCCUCUGCCAUUUUCGUAGCAAGUGGCUCAUAAGUGACCCAUCCGCACCCCGAAAAAAUGUCCCAGAAAUGGGUGGUGUUUCGCCCAUCCCACAAAUGGGAGUGUUUGAUUAAACAACAAAGACUUGAUUUUGUUUAUGUAGAAUGGGCAGCUCUUUUUUAAAAAGGAGGAGAUUGGUGCAAAAAAGAAAUCCACAAAACGAUUGCAGUGGACUUUUGGUGGCAAGAGGUGGAAUUUAACUAUUAAGUGCUGCUGGAUGGAUUCAGGAGCUUUUGGUGGGACUCUGUUUUCUUGGUACGUAGGGCACAAGCAGUGGAGAUGGGAGUUAAAGGUAAAGGGACCCCUGACCAUUAGGUCCAGUUGUGGCCGACUGGGGUUGCGGCGCUCAUCUCGCUUUACUGGCUGAGGGAGCCGACGUACAGCUUCCGGGUCAUGUGGCCAGCAUGACUAAGCCGCUUCUGGCGAACCAGAGCAGCGCACAGAAACGCCGUUUACCUUCCCGCCGGAGUGGUACCUAUUUAUCUACUUGCACUUUGAUGUGCUUUUGAACUGCUAGGUUGGCAGGAGCAAGGACCGAGCAAUGGGAGCUCACCCCAUCACGGGGAUUCGAACCACCAACCUUCUGAUCAGCAAGUCCUAGGCUCUGUGGUUUAACCCACAGCACCCACGUCCCUGGAGAUGGGAGUUAGGGGUUGCCAACCUUUUGUGGCCCGUGCGAACCUACCUCACGUUUACUGCCUCUUCCCCCCAUAUUGGUUAGGCUUGAAAAAUAUUUUCCAGGCCUAAACUGGUGUGUGUUAAGAUUAUCCUGGAGGUUGCCGCUGGAGAAACGAGAGUAACCUGCUUCUUCGAGUUCUGAUUUCAGCAAGGGCUGAAGGCCACUUCAGAUUCUUGUGGGUUCGGGCUCAAUACACUUGCUCAGUAGAUAAGUGAAAGUCAUUCUGUGUGUGCUUCAAAGCAGCUUUCUGUAGUUCCCUGCUGCCUGUUGGGUCUUGACACAAUUUGUGGACGUCAAAGGAAACAUAACUAUUUGCCAAAAUGUUUGUAGCAUGAUGUGGGCUCUCUCACGCUGGUCUGGCAGUCCACUGGACUUCAUUUACUCAAAACUCUUGUGAAAUCCUUUUCUUUGGGCGUUGUGUAGAAGGAGUGGAAACUCCAUGUGCACAAAUUUGCGGCUGAACAAGCCUCUGUUCACAUGAACGCUCUUACAGGUGGUGCAGACUGCAAGCCAUUCGCCAUGCAGUGAGAGAGAUCGGAAAAACGAGCUACGAUAUUAGAGAUUCAGCACAAAAAGGCAAGAGGCCGUGUGAUGCAACAUGAGCACCAGCUGUUUUAGAGGCACCCUGUUACCGUAUAGUAUUUAUAGAUUUACACCCUGCCUUUAAAAAAACGAUUCUCACUGAUAAUCACGAUGCUAUCAGCUGGGCUCAGAACAGCUUGGCCAGAGGCCUUUGUGGUGGGAAAAGAGACAAGAAGCUCCGGGGGGAAACUGGUAAUCCCUCUCACAAGACACGCUUCAUCCAGCUCAAAGCUAAGCAGCCACUGGCUUGUGUUUACUACAUUUAUUUUGUUUUUUAAAAAAACAGCUUUGCAAGAGAGAGCCAUAGGAGGAGAUGCUACCCACCACUCCCAAGUCCUCCGCUGUUCUUCACCAUCUCUUGAUGUGCGAGUGAAAACACGGCGCUGUCUGCACAGACCAGACGAUAGGCACAGUGUCAAGCUGCCUGCAGCUUUACGGGCAGAAGAGAGAAGCGUGCCAACUACUUGUUCUGAGAGACCGAAUGGAGGAAAGGAGAUCUAUCGAUAUAAAUAAAUUUUUACACGCGUUGGGGAAGGGAUUCCCUCUACACAGGAGAGGACAUACGUUUCCAGCUCCUUAGGAGCAUAAAGUACCACGGGUAUCGUCACUACAAGUGUCUGGCUGGGGAAGGCACUAGAUCUCCCUGGCCUUCAAGGCUGCUGCCAGGGCAAAAGGUGGCGCAGGCAGGGUCCCAUCGCUGGCCGUUUCGUUAAGUGCAGUCCUUUGUUGGUGGCGGUAACGGCGGGAGUCUCCUCCUGCAGCUCCGUGCGGAAUACGCUGGGUCUGCUGCACCGCCUCCUUUGCCUGAGAAGAAAAUAGGGCAAGGUCAGAGCUUGGCCUACCCCUCCUAGGCCGUUUCCUGCCCCUCUGCUUGCAGAUUAAGUCUCUACCUCCUUUCCCUUGAAGGACAAUAGGGGAGUGGGCAGAAAGGGGUAGUCUAUAUCCUUCAGCCAGACUGGCCAGAGAGUUGUACAGUGGUACCUCGGGUUACAUACGCUUCAGGUUACAGACUCCGCUAACCCAGAAAUAGUACCUCGGGUUAAGUACUUUGCUUCAGGAUGAGAACAGAAAUCGUGCUCCGGCGGCGCAGCAGCAGCAGGAGGCCCCAUUAGCUAAAGUGGUGCUUCAGGUUAAGAACAGUUUCAGGUUAAGAACGGACCUCCGGAACGAAUUAAGUACUUAACCUGAGGUACCACUGUAUAUAUUCCGCGAGCAAGGAGCUCCGCUUUCAAGCAAAGCAAAGCUUUUGAUGAAGGGAAGGAGAAACUGUUUUGUGGUGCUAAAGACAACCAGUGAGAUGGGUAUCUAUUUAGUGAAACACUAAAUACAAGGUGAUUUUUAAUUUUUUUUAAAGUGGCCUAGAGAGGAUAGUCUGCUUGCUAGCUGGGAUUUCAACUCUGACCUUCCCUCAGGCUAGUUUACGGAGAAGGGCUUGAUUUGUGUUUAUACAGGCUACACUUUUCUUUUCAAAAAAUCUGAAACCAUUAGAAAGUGGAGAGAUGAUAUAGUCAGAGCUGCCAUCUCUCACUAGUUUGGCUUCCGAAAUAAAAUUUUCAGAUUGUACAAAAAUGGGGGGAGGGAUUGAAAAUUCAGGAAGAGGGGUGGAUGAAAAAUGCACCUUUCAAAGUACAUUUAUUGAGAUGAAUCAGCUUUCCAUAAUGUGCUUAAUCCCCAACCGCAGCCACCUUGGGACUGAGGACAAGACACAGGGUAGGGAGUCCCUUUUCUAAAGCCAACAGUUGCUGCCCACAAUGUGUUGUUUCAGCAAAACCUGUUUACCACCUUGUGUCACUGCCCUGUGAUGACCAUAGCUGUCAAUGUUUCCCUUUUUUUACGGGAAAUUCCCUUAUUCCAAAUAGGAUUCCUUGCAAGAAAAGGGAAAAGUUGGCAGCUAUGGUCAUGACUAGGUCCCACAAUAUCUGUUAAGAUGCAGGACUUUUUUCCAGUCUGAACUCACUGGAACUCAGUUCCGGCACCUCUCAGGCAGGCGCCAUUGCCAUUAUGAGAGAACAAGGGAGGAGUUUGUGGUGAGUUCUGGCACCUUCCUUUCUAGGAAAAUAGCACAGGUAUUAAGAGUUGCCCCGGCCCAAUGCAAAUCCCCAAGUGUUGAAAACACACCCUUUCCAGAAGAUAAUAGAUAGCAAGCUACUGCAUGAAAGCAGAGUUAGAGAAAGGUAAAGGUAAAGGGACCCCUGACCAUUAGGUCCAGUCAUGGCCGACUCUGGGGUUGCGGCGCUCAUCUCGCUUCAUUGGCCGAAGGAGCCAGUGUACAGCUUCCGGGUCAUGUGGCCAGCAUGACUAAGCCACUUCUGGCGAACCAGAGCAGCGCACGGAAACGCCGUUUACCUUCCCGCUGGAGCGAUACUUAGUUAUCUACUUGCACUUUGACGUGCUUUCGAACAGCUAGGUUGGCAGGAGCAGGGACUGAGCAACGGGAGCUCACCCCAUUGUGGGGAUUCGAACCGCCGACCUUCUGAUCGGCAAGUCCUAGGCUCUGUGGUUUAACCCACAGUGCCACCUGCAAAUAUACCCAAAUCUGUUUUGAUUCUGGAGUGUGCUACAUGUCUUGGAAAAUCCCUCCCUCCACAAUAAUGGUCGGAUCCUGCUUUGCCAAAUAGCAGUGCCUGCCCACUACUCCUCACGACUGGCCUCGAGUGUGUGCCACUGGUCUCUCAUAGUUCUCUCCAUCAUGUACCUUCUCAAGUCGUGCCCGGAAAUACGGAAGUGCAGGGGUGACGACUUACCUGAUAAAUAAACCUCUGCAUCACAGAGGACAGACCCAAAGGCCGACCACGUGCCCGCCAGGCUGAUCUCUGGCUGCCUCGUCCCCUGUAUCUGUUUCCGUUCGUACACGGCAACUCCCGUCAGAGAAGCUGUCUCCAGGAAAUGGUUGCACGGGAACUGCUUCCACUCCGCUCGCUGCUUGACCGCGGGCGGGAGAGCCCACAGCCCAGCAGACGAUGCUCCAGCGAGAGAUCCCCUGGUGGUAAGGAAGAUCUUGGAAUUAGAGAGCAGGCAACUAAGGCAGGUGGGCAGCAGGUCAAUAAGGAAAAGCUGGUCUAAGCAAGGGAGGUAGGUGUCGGUGGAGAAGCCUCCAUUCAGGUUCUGCAAGUGUGACGCAGCCCAAGGCUGGAAACGUCUCAAAUGGGCAAUACAGCCAUAGAUGAACAGCUAAUGGGCCUUGUAGGGAGAGGGUGUGUCGCUUGGAACAACAGCACUCCCCACACCUGCAAGCUUGUUCUCUUGGUCAGCGUGACGUCUUACCUGUUCAAAUAGCACUGCAAACUCCUGGCUGUUGCAGGGGACGCAGUCCAGGUUCAGACACCCAUAAUGCCUGAACCAGAGUCUGCCAGGGGGCUUCCUGGGUGGCUCUUCCCCAGCUGAGCUAGAACAAGGCAAGCAAAGACAUCCCGUCAGUUCUGGGACAUGCAAAAACGCCCUAACCUGAUCCAAUGUUCUGACCGCAUAUGCCACAGAUACUGGAGCAGACGAAAAAGACUGAAACUUUCCUGGUAGCUCGAUAAUAGUCAAACCUCGGUUCCCGAACACCUCCUUUUUGGAGCAUUUCGGCUCCUGAAUGCCGAAAACCUGGAAGUAAAUGCUCCUGUUUUUUAAUGUUUUUUGGAAGUCGAAUGUCUGACGCAGCUACCGCUUGAGUGUGGGAAGCUCUUGCAACCAAUUGGAAGCUGCGCCUCGGUCGUCGAACAUUUUGGAUGCUGAACGGGCUUCCGGAACGGAUUACGUUUGACAACUUAGGUUUUACAGUGGUACCUCGGGUUAAGUACUUAAUUUGUUCUGGAGGUCCGUUCUUAACCUGAAGCACCACUUUAGCUAAUGGGGCCUCCUGCUGCCACCGCGUUGCCAGAGCACGAUUUCUGUUCUCAUCCUGAAGUAAGGUUCUUAACCCGAGGUACUAUUUCUGGGUUAGCGGAGUCUGAAACCUGAAGCGUAUGUAACCUGAAGCGUAUGUAACCCAAGGUACCACUGUACUGUCUCCUCCUUCCCCACAAAGGCAGAUACAUUCUGUACUCAUCUCAAAAGUGUGCCCUGCAUAACUAUAGGUUUUUUAAUUUUUAAUUUUUGCAGAGUUUUGCUCCCGCUUGCUGAAACAGACCCCACCCCUGCAAUCACAUGCACAUCCCUACUCCGGCAACCCAGCAUUUCCCAAGCCACUUCCCCCGUAUAUUUGCAAGAUCCUCUCUGGAGCUGCAAAGGCUAGGAUGUCGCUUUGACUUGGGAUUUUCAACGUGCUGCCAACUCUCUUUAACUCUCCUCCUGGCUCCAGCGUGUCCAGCUGUGACACAAGUUAAAUUGUACCGGGUUGAGGGGAGGUCAUUUACCUUUCGAACCUCGUGAGAACAUCUGCCACCAGGGCAUCCUCCGGCAGGGGGCGCACAUGCUGCCAGCUCUCCUCGUAGAGGGCAAAUGAGUUGGGGCUAUGCGCCAGCCCCAGGCGCAACAUCAGCUCCAGGGCCACCUGGGACGAGGAGACAAAGGGGGUGACAGGAGGCCUGGGCAUGUCCAGCAGGAGGGCACUCAGUGCUGCAAAGGGGACACACACAGACAGACAGACAGUGUCAAGCAUGCGGAGGGGCGGAGAGGGGGGAAGGGUAGGGGCGGAAGGGUAGGGGUGCAGAGACCCAAUUGGUGCACUGUGGUGGGAGGAAAAAGGAAAAGAAGCUUGCCUCAUCUCUCGCCAACCGCACCGCGGAACGGAAGCAGCCAGCGCCGCAAUGCCAGACGAAAUCCUGGCUGCUUGGGCCUUUUGGCAAAGAAAGAGGCAAGUCUUCUUUCCCUUCCUCCCCCCUCUCUCCCAAGUAAGGUAAAGGGUAAAGGGACCCCUGACCAUUAGGUCCAGUUGCGAACGACUGUGGGGUUGCAGCACUCAUCUUGCUCUAUAGCCCGAGGGGGCCGGCGUACAGCUUCCGGGUCAUAUUACAGGGAACCAGGCAGAGGGCCUUCUCGGUAGUGGCACCCUCCCUGUGGAACACCCUCCCAUCAGAUGUCAAAGAGAACAACAACUACCAGACGUUUAGAAGACAUCUGAAGGCAGCCCUGUUUAGGGAAGCUUUUAAUGUUUGAUGUAUUUUAAUAUUUUUCUGGAAGCUGCCCAGAGUGGCUGGGGAAGCCCAGCCAGAUGGGCGGGGUAUGAAUUAUUAUUAUUAUUAUUAUUAGUGGCCAGCAUAACUAAGCCGCUUCUGGCGAACCAGAGCAGCACACGGAAACGCCAUUUACCUUCCUGCCGGAGCGGUACCAGUGCUUUCAAACUGCUAUGUUGGCAGGAGCAGGGACUGAGCAACAGAAGAUCACCCCGUCACGGGGAUUCGAACCGCCAACCUUCUGAUCGGCAAGCCCUAGGCUCAGUGGUUUAACCCACAGCGCCACCCGCAAACCCCCUCUCCCAAGUAAACGCCACCAAUAUCAUCCGCAAGUUUAGCCGCAGCUUCCUGUUGGCAACCUGCAAGCCCCACAGGUAGGAAUUUCACCCGAACUGGCCCCUGCCCACCACCCACCCUCGCCAUUCAGCCCCAGGGCUUCUGCUCACCUCCUGGACUGUGGUCUGGGAGGUGACGGCCACAUGGCAGGUGGCGAUGCUAGGGCAAUGCACACCGCACUCGGUCUCCUGGCGCCCCAUCAGCCCCGCAAUCUCCUCCAGCGAAGGGACGCACUCUCGCCCCUUGGUCUUGUGAAGGGCCUCUGCGAUGAAGCGUCCAUACCAAGUCGCCUCCGAGUCUGGGAACUGGUUCUCUGUCCUGCUGGGACCAGGGAAACACUGGGAUUAGGGAACCCACGCGCGAGAACGUUGCUCAGCACUCCACGCCCCUAUCCACAAACAGGAGGAAUGGAUGAAACUCAAAGACUAGUUAAACAUGUUAAGAUAAGUUAAUUGGAAAAACUUGCAAAUAUCAGAUAGGCUUGGGAUUUAAAUAUGUAAUGUUAGAGAAUAACAUGUUUAAAGUUAAAAUGAAAAGAAAGAAAGAUGUUAAGUGAGAGCUGGACCAUAAAGAAGGCUGAUCGCCGAAGAAUGGAUGCUUUUGAAUUAUGGUGCUGGAGGAGACUCUUGAGAGUCCCAUGGACUGCAAGAAGAUCAAACCUAUCCCUUCUGAAGGAAAUCAGCCCUGAGCGCUCACUGGAAGGACAGAUCCUGAAGCUGAGGCUCCAACACUUUGGCCACCUCAUGAGAAGAGAAGACUCCCUGGAAAAGACCCUGAUGUUGGGAAAGAUGGAGGACACAAGGAGAAGGGGACGACAGAGGAUGAGAUGGUUGGACAGUGUUCUCGAAGCUACCAGCAUGAGUUUGACCAAACUGCGGGAGGCAGUGGAAGACAGGAGUGCCAGGCGUGCUCUGGUCCAGGGGGUCACGAAGAGUUGGACACGACUUAACGACUAAACAACAACAAUGAGAAAAUUGGUUUUGGAAAACUGUUACAAUGAUAUACACUGAAAUUCAGCCAGGGGGAUUUGAGGAAGUCACUUAACAAUGUUACUAAGAUUGGAUAAAAUACAAUUAAAAUGUAUGUUUGUUUGUUUGCUUAAAAUUUUUGGAAAAUCAAUUUAAAAAAUUUGAGGGGGGGAAAAGUUUCCUGCAUUGCAGGGGGUUGAACUAGAUGAACCCUGAGUCCUUUCCAACUCCACGAUUCCAUCAUCUCUGGCCUCUCUGCCUGAUCACGGUGAGCAAGGCAAUACACGCACCCCAUACACACACGCACCCCGAUUUCCCUUUGCCCCAGGGCUCACCGCUGGAGGUGCAGCUGCAAGUAGCACAGGACAGGAAGCGACGGCCUGAAGGUGCAGCUCAUGCAAGCAAGCAGCUGCCAGUAUCGCAGGUCCGCGGCUGCACCCGGCGCUGGGGGCUCUGUGGUCUGCUUCACCAGCUGGCAGUAGAUCUCGUCCACCAGGGCGGGGAGGUCGUGGCACGUCUGCAACACCCCCUGCAUGAGAAGGGCUGGCUCCCGCAGCCCCUCCAGCUGCUGCAGCGAGUGGAACAGCUUGACAGCUUCGUCACGGAUCCCCGCGUAGCCCUGGCCACCGGGAGCUGCAGAGACACAGGGAGAAAUAAGCUAUGCACUCAGAAUCCAUUAUCGGUUAUUGGAUUUAGACACCGCCCUAUACCCAGAGGUCUCAGGGCGGUUCACAAAGAAAAUGGUAAUAGUGGUACCUUGGUUCUCAAACACCUUGGUUCUCAAACAACUUGGAACCCAAACACUGCAAAACCGGAAGUAAGUGUUCCGGUUUGCGAACUUUUUUCGGAAGCCGAACGUGCUCCAUUUUGAGUGUUACGCUUCCGAUUCGAGGGCCACACUUCCGUUUUGAGUGUUACGCUGAGGUCUGUCUGUUUUUGCUAUUCAUUUUGUGUUUUUGUUUUUGCGGCUCUUUUUGUUUUGUUUUUGUGACUGUGAGGAACCCAGUUCAGCUAAUGAUUGAUUGAGUGAGUGACUGCAGUACAUUGUUUACUGCUUUCAUUUCACAGAUCAAGGGUCUCGUUAGAUGGUAAAAUUCAUGUUAAAUUGCUGUUUCAGGCGUUGUUUUUAAAAGUCUGGAACGGAUUAAUCCAUUUUGCCUUACUUUCUAUGGGAAAGCACGCCUUGGUUUUGGAGCGCUUUGGUUUCGGAACGGACUUCCGAUACGGGUUAAGUUUGAGAACCAAGGUACCACUACUGUAUAUAAAAUCAAAUUAAAAACAAUAGCCCAAUAAAAAACCCAAAAAACGAGCCACAUACUAAAAGGGUAUUGGAUGUCAAUAAGAUCAACCAAAAAAGAUAAAGCUAAAGGGACCCCUGACCAUUAGGUCCAGUUGUGGCCGACUCUGGGGUUGCGGCGCUCAUCUUGCUUUAUUGGCCGAGGGAGCCGGCGUACAGCUUCCGGGUCAUGUGGCCAGCAUGACUAAGCCACUUCUGACGAACCAGAGCAGCGCACGGAAACGGCGUUUACCUUCCGGCCGGAGCGGUACCUAUUUAUCUACUUGCACUUUGAUGUGCUUUCGAACUGCUAGGUUGGCAGGAGCAGGGACCUAGCAACGGGAGCUCACCCCAUUGCGGGGAUUCGAACCACCAACCUUCUGAUCGGCAAGUCCUAUGCUCUGUGGUUUAACCCACAGCGCCACCCACGUCCAAGAUCAACCAAAGGCCUGGUUAAAAAGGAACUUUUUGCCUAGCACCUAAAGGUGUAUAAUGAAGGCGCCAGACGAACUUCCCUGGGGAGAGCGUUCCACAGAUGGGGAGCCACUGCAGAAAAGGCCCGUUCUCGUGUUGCCACCCUCUGGACCUCUCGAGGAGGAGACACACGAAGGAGGGCCUCAGAAGAUGAACUCAGGGACCGGGUAGGUUCAUAUGGGAAGAGGCGGUCCUUGAGGUAUUGCGGUCCUGAGACACGUACCACCAAUUGCUGAACUGCUUGGGAUUGUACAGCCAACGGCACGUGGUGCCCAAGGACUGAAGCCAUCAAUUUUAGGACAAUGCUGACCCACGUGCAAGGAAGCGGUCACCCACCUGCAUACGGGAAGGGUAGCAGAGGCGCGUAGAUUGGGCCAGCCGUGUAGCACAGGAUGGGGUUAUUUUGAUAAAUCUGAUCCAGGAUUUCUGGGCUGUUACGGUUCUCCUGGGAUGAGGAGAAAGAAAAAAAGCGAAUUGCAUGAAUCAAUAACAAAUUCAAUAUUUUUAUAGGGGUUCUUCUGACCCCCGGACUUCCCCCCACUCCUCUCCCCGGUUUCCAGUAAUUAUCUCUUUUAUUUUCUGUGACUAAAUACUUUUAUCCAAUCUAUUAGGUCUCCUUUUUCAAUACCCUUUAUCAAAUUAUAUUACAAGUGCUAAUCCAAUCCUGCUAAGGUUUUUAAAUGUUUGCAAUGCUCCUUCAUAUAUUCUUAUAAAGUUAAUCCAUUCAUUUCUAAUUUUUUUGUGCUCUUGGUGUAUAUAAUCUUCCCGGUCAGUUUUGCCAUUUCGGCAUAAUCCAUCAGUUUCAAUAUUCAAUAUUCUUUUGAUGGGGUUCUUCCUUCCUUCCUUCCAUCCCUGGGCAUAUAACAUUCUUGCCGCUAUCACCGCGUACAUAAAUAGGACCUUUUCCCUCUUUCGCUAUCUCUUCUGCUACUAUACCUAAUAGAAAAGCCUUUGGUUUUUUAAUGAAAGUUAUUUUAAACAUUUUUUUAGCUCACUAUAAAUCAUUUCCCAGAAGGCUUUUGCUGACUUACAGGUCCACUCUGCCCGAAGAAUUUCUAUUAUUAUUAUUAUUAUUAUUAUUAUUAUUAUUAUUAUUAUCUUCUUUACUGAAAUCCAUGGAUAUCAUACAUGAUCUUAUAUUCACAUACAAAGGUAAUAGUGAUGAUGAUGAUGAUAAUAAUAAUAACCUUAAAUGAUUUUACCAUUAAAUAUUUAUGCUUAUACGUGCUCUUUUAUUUUACUUUCUAACUAAACAAAAAUAAACCAAAGUAGAAUCAAAUAAACUAAACUAUAGACUUCCCAUCAUUUCCUGAUGUACUUUACAUUUACAAUAUUGAAUGUACUUAUACUUAUUACCUUACUCUUAAUAUAUUUUCUAAUACUUUCUUGUAACGUAUCGUACCAUUUUUUGUAAUUUAUUAAUAUUUAAUUUACACAAAGGGACGCGGGUGGCGCUGUGGGUUAAACCAGAGCCUAGGACUUGCCGAUCAGAAGGUCGGCGGUUCGAAUCCCUGCGAUGGGAUGAGCUCCCGUUGCUCGGUCCCUGCUCCUGCCAACCUAGCAGUUCGAAAGCACGUCAAAGGGCAAGUAGAUAAAUAGGUACCGCUCCGGCGGGAAGGUAAACAGCGUUUCCGUGCGCUGCUCUGGUUUGCCAGAAGCGGCUUAGUCAUGCUGGCCACAUGACCCGGAAGCUGUACGCCAGCUCCCUUGGCCAAUAAAGCGAGAUGAGUGCCGCAACCCCAGAGUCGGCCAUGACUGGACCUAAUGGUCAGGGGUCCCUUUACCUUUACCUUACACAAGGGUCAUUCAAACACUACCAUAGAUGUUAUAUUGUUAUUAUAUUUUUGUAGGUAUUUCUUGAACAUAUCCCAUUUUUUGAGUAAAUGAUUGUUUUGUAUUUCCCCUUAACCUAUUUGUCAGUUGAGCCAUUUUUCUGCCUGCAGAAUUUCUAGAGCUACUGAUUCUAGUCUGGGAACUGCUGCGGUGUCGACAAGAGCACCUUCCCAGAAGAGCUGCUUUAGGAAACCUGCGUGCAAAUACCUGCUGCCACCAUGAAGGGGCUGCCCUCGCCAAAGGUGGCUAACCAGGUGCGCCUGGGCUCUGGGCACGAAACCUGUUUGUAUUUCACAUUGCAAAUCCUCAGGGCAGACGCUGCAACUUAACACUUUUGGGCACGUCAGCAAUAAGGAACGGGCCUAGCUCUCCACUCCUACCCGCAACAAUAUUAAUUGGUCGUUAUUUAAUUAGCAUAGGCCUCGCCUCUCUGACAGAAACCAGCCCCUUGCCCCGAGGCUUAGAUCGUUAAAUUUAGGCCCUGUUUAGGGAAGUUUUUAAUGUCUGACGCUGUAUUGUUUUUAAUAUUCGGUUGGAAGCCGCCCAGAGUGGCUGGGGAAACCCAGCCAGAUGGGCGGAGUAUAAACAAUAAAUUGUUGUUGUUGUUGUUAAUUAUAAAUAAUAUGUUUAUGUUAUUUGUCCAGAGAUGGAAGAAAGAAACAAUCCUGACCAGGGAACAAUGGCAAACCAAGUUGAUGGGACUAUACUGAAAUGGCAAAAUUAAGUGGAAAGCUCAGGAACCAAGAGGACAAGAACUUUAAAAAAAGAAUGGGGAAAAUUUAUAAUUUAUUUGGGAGACCAUUGUAAACAGGUGAAAACAUUAUCAGGAUUUUAAUCACACUUGAAAGGCAACAGAAACUAUGGACAAUUUAGAUCAGGCAUCCCCAACCUGAGGCCCUCCAGAUGUUUUGGCCUACAACUCCCAUGAUCCCUAACUAACAGGACCAGUGGUCAGGGAUGAUGGGAAUUGUAGUCCAAAACAUCUGGAGGGCCAAAGGUUGAGGAUGCCUGAUUUAGAUGGAUAAAAAAUGUGGGUAAUGGAUUGAUAUGCAGGUGUAAAUAUUGGCAUUAGGACCCAUAGAGGGGAUGGUGGAGGGGGAGUCGUGAGAUUUAGAGCAAUCUCUUUACAGUGGUACCUCAGGUUAAGUACUUAAUUCGUUCCGGAGGUCCGUUCUUAACCUGAAACUGUUCUUAACCUGAAGCACCACUUUAGCUAAUGGGGCCUCCUGCUGCUGCGCAAUUUCUGUUCUCAUCCUGAAGCAAAGUUCUUAACCUGAAGCACUAUUUCUGGGUUAGCGGAGUCUGUAACCUGAAGCGUAUGUAACCUGAAGCAUCUUUAACCUGAAGCGUAUGUAACCCGAGGUACCACUGUAUAUGGAUUUUUAAUUGACUUUCAUAUAUUUUCUAAAAUCAAAUAAAAAUUAUUUUACAACAGAGGUGAGCCGGCAGGAAAAAUAAUAAUUAUAAAAAAGAUGUUUAAACAACCCGUCAAGCCUGUAACAUUGCAGACGCUCUUAAAGCAGUUAUGAAUAAGAAUUAAAGCCUGCAGAAACGGCAGCCCAAACCAGCAGCAUGACCUUAAAGGAGUGAGAAAUGCCUUGUGUGCAGUUGCCGCUCCCUUCAUUUAAGGGAGGAAACCGCCGGGUGCACUCAUUAUGCAUUUCUGCAACUGCUCUCUCAGCUCCAAGGGCUUCCCAGCUCCUUUGCUGCCUGACGGGAGCGUGGCUUGGCCCAUUUGCAGCCUCAGCGGGUGUGUCCUGGCCCUUGCAUCACACCCAUUCCCUUCCUGCCCCCCCCACUCACCUCAAUGUCACACAUGAGGAGCUGCGUCGGGGUCUGCACGGGGGGCUUGCUGAUUAUGACCUUCUGAAGGGCGCAAACCCAAUGCACAGCUUCGUUUAAGUGCUCUGUGUAGAGGCGGUAGCAGUGCUUUCUGCCAAAAACAGUCACUGCCCAGUAUCCUGCGAAGAAGGGAGACAGAAGGGAGUAUCAGCAUGUGAUUAAUAGAAACACACACACACACACACACGUAUACACAGGUAAGGUAAAGGUAAAGGUACCCCUGCCCGUACGGGCCAGUCGUGUCCGACUCUGGGGUUGCGCGCCCAUCUCGCUUAAGAGGCCGGGGGCCAGCGCUGUACGAAGACACUUCCGGGUCACGUGGCCAGCGUGACAAGCUGCAUCUGGCGAGCCAGCGCAGCACACGGAAACACCAUUUACCUUCCCGCUAGUAAAGGUAAAGGUACCCCUGCCCGUACGGGCCAGUCUUCCAGACUCUAGGAUUGUGCGCUCAUCUCACUCUAUAGGCCGGGAGCCAGCGCUGUCCGCAGACACUUCCGGGUCACGUGGCCAGCGUGACAAGCUGCAUCUGGCGAGCCAGCGCAGCACACGGAACGCCGUUUACCUUCCUGCUGGUAAGCGGUCCCUAUUUAUCUACUUGCACCCAAAGGUGCUUUCGAACUGCUAGGUUGGCAGGCGCUGGGACCGAGCAACGGGAGCACACCCCGCCGCGGGGAUUCAAACCGCUGACCUGACGAUGGCAAGUCCUAGGCGCUGAGGUUUUACCCACAGCGCCACCCGCAUUCCAUAUACACAGGUAUAAAUAUACUAGUAAAGGGUAAAGGGAUCCCUGACCGUUAGGUCCAGUCGCGGACGACUCUGGGGUUGCGCGCUCAUCUCGCUUUAUUGGCCGAGGGAGCAGGCGUACAGCUUCCGGGUCAUGUGGCCAGCAUGACUAAGCUGCUUCUGGCGAACCAGAGCAGCGCAUGGAAACGCUGUUUACCUUCCCGCCGGAGCGGUACCUAUUUAUCUACUUGCACUUUGACGUGCUUUCGAACUGCUAGGUUGGCAGGAGCAGGGACCGAGCAAUGGGAGCUCAUCCCAUCACGGGGAUUCGAACCGCCGACCUUCUGAUCGGCAAGGCCUAAGCUCUGUGGUUUAGACCACAGCACCACCCGCGUCCCUAUCUAUUAGCAUUAGUAGCAGAUAUAGCCCUGAAAGGAACACAGAAAUGAGGGAAGUAGGAAGAGAAAAGGCUUUUGAUUCCCCAUGACAGGCACACACAGGUCAUAGAGAGGCUUUGCUUUUCUAUCUAUAUCUAUCCUUUCAAACUUAGGAGCCCAUUGUCUCAUGAACACUUCUCCGAAGUUUAAAAUUUCCUGAUGCUUUCCCUUUAAGUUUUUCCAUAUUUUAAAGAUCCCCAAGGUUCUGUGGUUUAAUUUAUGCUUUUACAUUUUGCAUGCAAUGUAUUUCUAUUGCAAAAAAGCAGCUUUGAGACCGAGGUAGCGAACAGCAAAAGGGUCUUCUCAUUCGUUGCGCCCACCCUGUGGAACGUGGUGCCCUCAAAUGUCAAGGAAAUAAGCGACUAUCUGACUUUUAGGAAGCAUGCGAAGGCAGCCCUGCAUAGGGAAGUUUUUAAUGUUUGACGUCUUAACUGUGUUUGAUGUUUUCAUUUGCCGGAAACCACCCAGAGUGGCUGCGGCAACCCAGUCUGAUGGGCAGCAUAUAAUGAAUGAAUGAAUCAAUCAAUCAAAGAAAGCUGAAACAGGAGUUGGGAACCUCCUUCGGCUCAAAGGCCACAUUUCCUCAUGGGCCAGGGGUGCCAGCAAUGGGCUGGGCAGACACAAACACGGCCAGAGCAAUAGCCACGAUUCUUCCCUUUGUACAGAAGGCUGCACUCCAGCCGCACAAAAUGCACACAAAAACCCGGUUUCUACACGUAACACCCACCCAUCCACCCAAAUAAGCUAGAGGCAUUGCUACAGAUCAAGGUCACAUUCCAGUCGGGUUGUCAUAUUUCAAAAAAUGAAAAUCCGGACAGAAACGUUGUUGGUUCCUACCCCACCCCCCAAGUUGAAGAGGCCGUGGUCUGAGGAGAAUUCCAAGGGCCGGAGGAAAAGGUUCAGAGGGCCACAUUUGGAUCUGAGGUUCUCCAACCCUGUGCUAAAAGACUCGAUACCCAAGCACUCCACAGCCAGGCACAGGCCCACAUUCUUUACCUGUCUCCUUGUAGGUCUGCUUGUCAGGCCAAAGCACAGAACAGAGACUGGUGAGGACGAGCGAACCAAGGCACCGGGCCGUCACCUCACACCCGCUAUAGUAGUCGAGGGAAUCCUCCGUCAGCACAAACCAGUACUUGCGAGGACGCAGCCAAGGGGUCUUUAUACCUCCCCGGACGUCCCGUUGCAGCCAGCCUGGAAGAGGCAAUAGAAAGAUGGUGAGGUGGAGCCUGUGCUCAGGUUGACCCCCACCCCAAGAACACGUUGGCUCUCUUUCUGCUUCUACAGGUGGGGCAGAUAGGGCUGGUCAACCUGGGAAGGGAGCCCAUUUAUGUAGGAGAAGGAAUAGUAAAAAGGUAAAGGGACCCCUGACCGUUAGGUCCACACGCGGCCGACUCUGAGGUUGCGGCGCUCAUCUCGCUUCAUUGGCCGAGGGAGCCGGCGUACAGCUUCCGGGUCAUGUGGCCAGUAUGACUAAGCCACUUCUGGCGAACCAGAGCAGUGCACGGAAAUGCCGUUUACCUUCCCGCCGGAGUGGUACCUAUUUAUCUACUUGCACUUUGACGUGCUUUCGAACUGCUAGGUUGGGAGGAGCAGGGACCGAGCAACGGGAGCUCUCCCUGUCGCGGGGAUUCGAACCGCCGACCUUCUGAUUGGCAAGUCCUAGGCUCUGUGGUUUAACCCACAGUGCCACGCGCGUCCCCUAAACGCUUUGUGGCUGCUCUUUAAUUUAGCGCAACUUGUAAUGCAAGUACCACGCUUUUCACCCCUUCGACACAAACGCUGCCACUCCUCCAAAUGACUGGGAACCACCCUGCUCAAAAAGGCUGGGCAGCGUCAGCCACCCUUUCCCAGAGGCAGGAAUAAUGAAAACCCAAGCAAAACCAAGGAGCCCCGAUUCUGCUCAGGGAGUCGCGCUGCGUUAAGAACCCACCUUUCACGAUAGCAUCGGGUUCUCCUUGCAGUCUCCCGCUCUUCUUCUCCGUGAUAAGACUGUGUGUUUCUUCGGACACUGGCAGAGACCUGCGGGACAACAGAGCGGGUCAAGCAGGGCCUCGCUGAGCUCGAGGGCCGCAUUCCCCUCUCAGCAAGCUUCUGGGGGCCGCAGGCAAAAGUGGGUGGAGCAACAAAUGCAAACGCUCAAACCUUUCCACGUAGGCUAGUUUCUAUGCCCCUCUGAGUGCAAGGAAAUAUUCUAGUCAGGCAAUAUUCUGGGGCUGGUGAGGACUGUGAUCUGGAGAGACAGGGUGUGGCUGCAAGGGGGAGGUGCUGAGGGCCAAACAGAGAGCCUUGAAGGGCCACAUUUGCUUUACUUCAGUGCUUUAUGCACCUCUGAGCUAAAGAGAUGGAAGCAUCAACCUGAGGCCCUAGUGUGACCAGGGUGGAUAAAAAUCAACUUUUAUAUAUCAGAUUUUUAAACUGGAUUAUUUUUAUUUAAAUUGGAUUUUUUAAAUAAAAUGCUUUUGGAGAAAAAAUAUUUCUAGUUUUCUAUUUAAGCUACAUUAUAGUCCAAAAGCUAUUCAUCAGGAAAUAAGGAUUUGUUUUUAAGUUUUUCAUGUGUGCUAAAACUCAGUCUGUUUUUAUUGUUUAACCACAUCAGUUAACAAACAUGGAUACAUACGCUAUAAUGUUGUUGUUUUAGUUAAAUAAAUUGUUUAAAUUGUUGUUAAGGAAAUGAUUGUUUUCCUCCUUCCAAUAAAGUACAGCAGAAAAGUUGUCCAAACAGUUAGCUUAUUAAACCUCACAAUAAUUUCAUCAUUAUCUAUGUAUUUCUAAUAGCAUAACCACAUCAGUAAUUUUUGAUGCAACUGCAAAAACUACUCUGAAAAUUUAUUCUUCCAAAAAUGAAACCUCCAUCUGGUUGUAAAUAUUAAGAUUAUACCAGCAAGAAUGAGUCUUUCUAUAAAAAAAUAUAAUUUAAAUCAAGUCUUACUGACUAGUGAUUAAAAUUGUGAUUUAAAUCAAAUCCACCCUGAGUGUGACCCAUCCCCGGAGGCCUGGUCUCCAACUGGUGGGUGGGGAGUAAAAAAAAAACUGCAUUUCAGCUGGAACUAAAGUGAGUUCGCAACCUACCGUAUUUUUCGCUCCAUAAGGCACACCUGACCGUAAAGCACACCUGACCAUAAGGGGCACCUACCUGGGGGGGGGGGGAUUCAAGAGAAAAAAAUGCGGCUCUUGAGGGCUUUUGCGGGAGGUGGGGGAAGUGAGAGAGCCUUGCUCUGUCCCUUCCCCCACCUCCCGCAAAAGCCAGGAAUAGCCACGCGAAGCCUCCCCAGGGCAGUGGGAUGAAGGCUCCCCGCUGCCCUGCGGAGGCUUUGCGGGCUACCCCAGAGCUGCUCGACCCAAAGGUGGAAAGCCACCGCCAGCCCCAAAUAGCAGGUCGGGGCUGGCGAGGGAAGCCCGGGUCCCCCCCCCCAGCCCCAGGGACCACACAUUCGCUCCAUAAGACGCACAGACAUUUCCCCUUAGAUUUUAAGAGGGGAAAAGUGCGUCUUAUGGAGCGAAAAAUACAGUAUAUGGUCAAAAAUUAAAACACAGCCCCAAAAUUGCGAAUGUUCAGCUAAAGGUGGGGCUCAGGGCUUGAAAACUGCCUGCUCCCAUGUUUCCUCGCCUCCCUCCCCACAGAACCCCAAACUGCGGCCUACGCACAUUCUAGCACCCGUCCCCACCGCUUUUCCUCCUCUUCCUCGGACGCGGCCCCACACCCACUUCCCUCCACGGCUGUGGGAAAGUGGGCCGCCAGCUCUUGCACUGUUAACCUCCGGCUAAAAAUAAGCUGUUUAUAUAGAAAGGCUGCCAAGAAUUUGGGAAACGAAGGAGCUCAGGAGAGGAGAGGAUGCCGGCUGGAUUGUCCGAGGGAACAGUGUGUGCAUUUGGGGAAAUGGGGGGGCAACAAAAGAGGAAGGGAAGGGCUUGCCCCCCACCCCACCCCUAAAUUCUGCAACCCUCUCUAUGAAGGGAGUCCAGCCCCACAUUUAUUUUAUUUAUUUAUUUUUGCCUCUGACUUGCAUAUUUGCAUUUCCCCCACCCCAGUGUCGCCAGGACUGCUCCAAAAUGUGCAAAAUAGUUAAGCGAUUUCCAGCCUUAUCCACCCACCGCCAUCUCUGAAUUUUGACUCCAUCCCAUGCAUAGGGUCCACUUGCAAGUGCUAUUUCCCAUUUGUACACUUCCAUGGGUCCGGGAUAUACAAUAUUCUCCUUCUUGGGGGGGUGACUCUAAACUCCAUUUCAGGUGCUCAGGGGUACUAUCAUUAGUUAAUACGGAACAAGCACUUAUGAUUCCAUUUGGGGCUUAGAGGGAGGGCCCUCCAUGAUCAGAGGGAGGUAGAUUGGCCCCCCCCACAAGGGAGAUGGAAAACAGGCAAACCAAGACUCCCAGUAACUCCUAGACAAGGGCAGGCAAAUAGCAGGAGUUGGGCUAACUUUGAAGGCCAGUUUUAGGCUUCUGGCAAGAGUGACCAGUCCCUCCCAUAGCAGAUUGCAAAGUGGAGAAUAAGAGGGAAAGAGAGAGGGCCCAUCUACGUUUUGGGCCUGGCCACAUCCACCACUGGCUUCGGCCCCACCCAAGAUAAUAAUAAUAAUUUAUUAUUUAUACCCAGCCCAUCUGGCUGGGUUUCCCCAGCCACUCUGGGCGGCUUCCAACCGAAUAUUAAAAACAAUACAGCGUCAGACAUUAAAAACCUCCCUAAACAGGGCCACCUUCAGUUGUCUUUUAAAAGUAAAAUAGUUGUUUAUUGCCUUGACAUCUGGUGGGAGGGCCACCACCAAGAAGGCCCUCUGCCUGGUUCCCUGUAAUCUUACUUCUCGCAAUGAGGGAACUGCCAGAAGGCCCUCGGAGCUGGACCUCAGUGUCCGGGCUGAACAAUGGAGGUGGAGAUGAUCCGUCAGAUAUACUGGGCUGAGGCAGUUUAGGGCUUUAAAGGUCAGCACCAACACUUUGAAUUGUGCUCGGAAACAUACUGGCACCCUGAUAGCCUGCCAGGUGAGCUCAGGUAGAAAGAAAAGCUCCCCAACCAAGACAAGAGGUGCUGCCAGCCAAGCCCACAGCCUUUAACCCGGAAGUACGUGGUACCAUGAUGAGAAAAAUCAACGCCUGCACUUGCUCACUCUUCUUCGCUGACCACUUUGAUCGCCCUGGUAAUGAGAACAGGUCCUGGGGUUCGAGUGCAGAUUGAGAGGCACCCAUCUCAGGCACCUCCUGUUGUCCGUCAUCCAAACGCCUAGCUCGAGACUCGGAAUUUCAGAGUUGUGGGUUUGAGCCCCACGUCGGGCAAAAAGAUUCCUGCACUGCAGGGGGUGGAUUAAAUGACCCGUGUGGUCCCAACUCUACAAUUAAUAAUAAUAAUUAUUAUUUAUUGUUUAUACCCCGGCCAUCUGGCUGGGCUUCCUCAGCCACUCUGGGCGGCUUCCAAAAAAAUAUUAAAAUACUGUAAUACAUCAAACAUUAAAAGCUUCCCUAAACAGGGCUGCUUUCAUAUGUCUUCUAAAAGUCUGGUAGUUGUUGUUCUCUUUGACAUCUGGUGGGAGGGCGUUCUACAGGGCAGGCGCCACUACCGAGAAGGCCCUCUUCCUGGUUCCCUGUAGCUUCGCUUCUCGCAGUGAGGGAACCUCCAGAAGGCCCUCGGCACUGGACCUCAGUGUCCGGGCAGAACGAUGGGGGUGGAGAUGCUUCUUCAGAUAUACUGGACCGAGGCCAUUUAGGGCUUUAAAGGUCAGCACCAACACUUUGAAUUGUGUUCAGAAAUGUACUGGGAGCCAAUGUAGGUCUUUCAAGACCGGUGUUAUGUGGUCUCGACGGCCACUCCCAGUCAACAGUCUAGCUGCCGCAUUCUGGAAUAUAUAUAUAUAUAUAUAUAUAUAUAUAUAUAUAUAUGUAUAUAUAUGAGUCCACUGCCACCUAGAUGUUUUCAACCCCCUCCCAAAAGACAUCACUCGCCCCUUUUCCUUUCUGUUUUCCCCAGGCACUCAGCCACAGCUAUGUUCAGACACUCGCUCUGCGGAGGACGAACCCCAGAGCUCUCAGCUUCACACACGGUCCUCUGUUCCCCUCGGCCUUUUCCCAGGCCCUGUCUUGCAACAGAGGAAGAUGCUGGAGUCCCUUUCCUCCAGGCGCCCUCGCUAGGCCUGACCCCAGCUGGGAACCAUUAGCUUGCAAGCGGGGCGGGAGGAGUGUGGGUCACCAGACAGAAUUCUUCCCACAAUCGCUUCUCCUCUCUCUCUCCCCCAGUUGCUCUCUAGUUGAGAAAGAAUUGAGAAACCUUCCAAAAAUGAACAAAACAAGGCACUCUUGGGAUGCAUUAGUUUAAGGCCCAGGAGGAAUGCCCCCCAAAUGCGGGUUGAACUCUUAGGUUUUCAGUGUCUCAGGAAAUUGGUCUGUUUAGCUCAGUGUCAUCUACAUCGCGAUGCCUGACAACAAAUCCUAAUUAUUGGGUCCUUUUGCCCCAUCUUUUUGUGCCUGCCCAGCAGCCGUGUCAUGCUUAUGAUAAUAUUUUAUUCUCUUGUUAAUUAUGCUGUUUUAAAUGUGCAUUUUAUAUUUGACUUCACUCAGCAAUGUUUUCUUUUGAAAUGUUUUAAGAUUUUUGUUUUUUCCCCGUUAACUUUGUGUUAAAUAUGUAUUCUGUAGUUGACCUCCUUUGUAAUGUUUUAUUUUGAAAUCUUUGAGAUGGUAUUUUGGUUUCCUGUUAAUUGUGUUGCUUUGACUGUGUACCUUCUUCAGAAAUGUUUGAUUCUGGAUUGUUUUAUUGAUGUUUAAUAUGAAGUAAACCGCUUUGAGAUUUUUCUUAAAAAUAUAAAGCAGUAUAAAAAUGAAAUAAAUGAAUAAUAAUAAUCUACAAUGACUUGCAGCGGUUCUCCAGAGUUUCAGGUUGGGUUUCUCUCCCUAGUCCUACUUGAAGAUAUCAGCAACUGAACCUGGGAUCAGAGUGCAUCUGAACAUGUACAAAGUGUUCUCCCCACACAGCCGCCCCCACAUAUCUGAAAUCAGAGGGAAUAAUUUCAGGGGAGAGGGUGGUGUUUUCUAGGCAAGCUUAGGCCCUGCCACUUAUUCUUUUUUAAAAAUUAAAUACUUAUUUGGGCAACUAGGAUGAUCUUUCCCCCACUCCUACGCCUGCAAUCUAAGUUAGUAGGAACCCCCAGUCAUAUGCUAAUUUGAGACAGGACCAAGUCCCAGGACUGUUGUUUUUUUUAACAUGCAACAAGAAAAUCACAUGCAGUGUGUGAUCCUCCCUUAGCACGUAGCUACUGCUGCAAACCACUGCACAUCCCAAAUCAGAAGGUAGGACUUUGAAGCAAGGUGGCUUGUUACGGAGGCAGGAUUCAGCCGUAGGGAUUUUUUAAAAAACUGUAUUCACUAAUGCCUUUCCAGUAUUUUGCUUUUGGCCAAAGGUGGAGCCUGAUGACAGCAUCGAAGAAGAAGGGAAUAAGUUGGCAACAAACAGAAGGGGCAGGCAGUUAUUGGCCUUUGAUGGGCAAGGGUUCUUACUUAGAUUGCAGGCACGGGAGUGGGGAAAAGAUCUAGUUGAGCAAAUAGGUCUUUUUUUAAAAAUUAUUAUUAUUAUUAUUAUUAUUAAAAAGAAUAAGUGUCAGGGCCUAAGCCAAUCACAUUAGUUGCAGGAUCCUACAGGUUUCUGCUGACAGGAGCCAGAAUUCUGACAUGAACAGCUACCCCACGCACAAUAACACAUUUGCCUAUUUGAGUGCCAUGCCCCAAACUGAAUCAGAAUUGUAGAGUUUGUAGGGACCGCAAGGGUCAUAAAAAUCUGCCCUUAUUCCCUUAUGGGGAACAAGGGCAGAUUUUUGUUUAUUACAGGCCCAACCCCAUGCAAUGAAGUAAUCUUUUGACCAACGUGGAAAUCAAACCCACAACCGAGAUUCAGAGCCUUGUGCUCUACUGACCGAGCUGCCCCACAACCCUUCGCUGCUCACCUUUCGGAACCGCUGCUGGUCCGACUGGGCUGAGUGACGUUCACCUGCAAGGGAGCUCCCUGAAAAGCAAAGCGGGGAGAGACACACUGAUCAGGACACAAGAAAACAAAGCUACGCUUUGCAUGUGAUUUGGAUAAGGAGACAUGUUAAAGGUAAGGGGACCCCUAACCAUUAGGUCCAGUCGUGGCUGACUCUGGGGUUGCAGCGCUCAUCUCACUUUAUUGGCCGAGGGAGACGGCGUACAGCUUCGGGUCAUGUGGCCAGCAUGACUAAGCUGCUUCUGGCGAACCAGAGCAGCGCACAGAAACGCCGUUUACCUUCCCGCCGGAGUGGUACCUAUUUAUCUACUUGCACUUUGACGUGCUUUCGAACAGGGCAGAGAGAGACUUUGGAUUCCUAAGAUUUUUGGAUUCCUAAGAUUUAGAAUCCUAAGAUUCUAGCCUUAACAAUUUAAGCAUUAUUGGGAUACAUGGUUAUACAGAAAAUGUAAAGGUAAAACUCUUCCAGGUGGCCUUGCCACACUAGGUUGGCAGGAGCAGGGACCGAGCAACGGGAGCUCACCCCGUUGCGGGGAUUCGAACCACCGACCUUCUGAUCGGCAAGUCCUAGGCUCUGUGGUUUAACCCACACGCCACCUGCGUUAGAAGACAGGUUGGAAGGCUUUUAAGACUGGGGGGGUUUCAAAAGCCGGAACAACACCCUCUGCCGCACAUUAUUAUAUUGUGUGUGUGUGUGUGUGCUCACACAAAAGCAAGAGGCCAGUCCAGAGAGAGAUUGGGGGAAAAUGCACAGUAGCGUUGCCCUUCCCAUUUCCCCAACCACACAAGGGAGCGAAUUAUUAAUCUGCAAUUUUCCCAGGCUGCCUCGUCUGGGUUGCUGCCCCUCCCAGGCCACAGUCUGUCUGGCUAGCCACCCCCACCCCCACCGCACACACCGCAAGCUGCAGCAGCUGAACGGGUUCCUGUAUCCUCAGCCGACCUUAGCACUGGGCUCCGGGGCUGUGCAGAAUUGCACAAGCACAUUGCUGAGUAAGAUACAGGCAAACAAAGUCCUAUUGUGGCCAAGGCUUCCUUCCUCUGCAAAGGGGGAUGGGCAGGCCGGGAGAGCAGAAAAGUCCCCAGCAGGGGGCAAGAGGGAAACCUGGUCUCCUGUACCUUAUUCAAAGGGGCUCGGUGGUGUUGGCAGGCGCCAAAAUCUGCAAGGAGGUUUUUGGCACAGUUAAAGGGGACCGGGGACGGGGGCAGGGCAGGACACACAGCCAGGUCCGGUUUCGACAUAGGCCAAUGCGCUCCUCCUGGCCCCCUCUCCCUGCCAGAGCAAAGGCCAGGUGGAAAAAACGGGAGAGACGAAAUAUAAAGCCAGGGAGCUGCUGCAACAGGUAGCCUGUUAUAGACAGGGCACCAACUGCCCUCUGGCAUUAGGACACCUGUUAUAAAUCAGAUCAAGUUUGCAAGGGCUGCCACAAUCCUUGCAGGGGCAGGCAGGCUGGCAGCAGGCGCCAAGAGAGUGUGGAAGGAUUAUUCUGCAGAAGAAGCGGAGCUGGAACUGGCAGGGAGACCCUGGUACACCUUCAAAUGCUUACCAAAAAAGAAAAAGUAGAACCCUCUUUCUCCUAGCUCAGUUAAUUAUCACCACCCGUAUCAUAAACGCCGCCAGAUUUUAGGAUCAAAACCACCGAUUUAAAAUGGCAAGCUGAGGAAUGUACAAAUUCAGGUAUGCGCCAAAAGCCUAGGGUUUGCCAUAUUUCAGAAAGUAAAAACCAGGACACCCCGAAAGUUGUGGAGCCCAAAUAAUGCCUACAAAAGGCUGCUAUUGAUGCUAGAUGUAAUAAUAAUAAUAUAAUUUAUUAUUUAUACCCUGCCCAUUUGGCUGGGUUUCCCCAGCCACUCUGGGCAGCUUCCAACAGAAUAUUAAAAUACAAUAGUCUAUUAAACAUUAAAAGCUUCCCUAAACAGGGCUGCCUUCAGAUGUCUUCUAAAAGUCUGGUAGUUGUUUUUCUCUUUGACAUCUGGUGGGAGGGCGUUCCACAGGGAGAGCACCACUACCGAGAAGGCCCUCUACCUGGUUCCUUGUAACCUCACUUCUCGCAGUGAGGGAACUGCCAGAAGGCCCUUGGCGCUGGACCUCAGUGUCCGGGCAGAACGAUGGAGGUGGAGACGCUCCUUCAGGUAUACUGGGCUGAGGCCGUUAAGGGCUUUAAAGGUCAGCACCAACACUUUGAAUUGUGCUCGGAAACAUACUGGGAGCCAGUGGAGGUCUUUCAAGACCGGUGUUAUAUGGUCUCUGCUGCCACUCCCAGUCACCAGUCUAGCUGCCGCAUUCUGGAUUUGUUGUAGUUUCCGGGUCACCUUCAAAGGUAGCCCCACAUAGAGCGCAUUGCAGUAGUCCAAGCGGGAGAUAACUAGAGCAUGCACCACUCUGGCCAGACAGUCCACGGGCAGGUAGGGUCUCAGCCUGCAUACCAGAUGGAGCUGGUAGACCGCUGCCCUGGACACAGAAUUGGCCUGCACCUCCAUGGACAGCUGUGAGUCCAUAAUGACUCCCAGGCUGUGCACCUGGUCCUUCAGGGGCACAGUUACCCCAUUCAGGAUCAGGAAGUCCUCCAUACCCACCCGCCUCCUGUCCCCAAAAAACAGUACUUCUGUCUUGUCAGGAUUCAACCUCAAUCUGUUAGCCGCCAUCCAUCCUUGCUUUACAUCCAUGCUAUGCAAUGACUAAAUCCAUACAGCACAGCAUCGUGUGCUGCCAUUGCUGGUGAUUUCAUCUGAAUUAGAGGAAGUGGCAGAAGCUAAUAAUGGUAGGUCAUAUAGGAGAACUGGGAGAUCAAAAUGUUGACCAAGGCUAUGGAGAAGGAUACAAGACAAGGAGAAGGACAAAUGCCUUUGUUAUCACAAGGUGGAACUAGCAAUGGAAAAGAAGAAGCGAAUCCUGAUUUAUGACUCACUCAGCAUGCAUAAAAUCAGCCUUUCCAGCACGUAGGCUGUGUUUAAAAUGAAUUCAUCGUUCAGAAAAUUAUCAGCAAAGCAGAAGAAGUGGGAUGUUCUGAUGAUGCUUGGAAAUGCAAAACUUUGCUGGGUUUCCUUUUGGUUCGGCAACAUGCACCAUCUUGCUCUCUUCAGCUUAAAAUCACCAAGAGGGCGGCUGUCAUAAUUCAGAUUAUAGCAUUUACAAGCAUAUUAAAAUUCGUGCACCAAGCUAGCCCUAGCUUCAACGUUGUCCCAACCUGCAGAGGAGCAUAGCUGAAAAGACGGUAAGAAACAGCGAGUAUGUGGAGGCCAAGACAUAAGCAAAAGCUGUCUUGAUUUCGUGAGUGCCAUUGUAAUAUGUCAGGCUGCAUUGUAUCUUUAAAAAAUCACAGUAUGCCUGCACUCUGGCACUGUUGCUCAGCACAUAUUUAACAGCACUAUAUUUAUCUGCCCAGAGGGCAAGCACUGGGCACACAGAGAGAGGAAGAAGGGGGCUUGCAACAGAGGACCAGUAGAAGCAAGCGCUGUCUGGCAGCCAUCCCAUUACAUCCCCCAACACUAUAAGACCGCUGUGAUUCCCUUAGCUCUCAACUAUCCUUAUGUUAAAAGGACGCGGGUGGCGCUGUGGGUUAAACCACAGAGCCUAGGACUUGCCGAUCAGAAGGUUGGAGGUUCAAAUCCCUGCGACGGGGUGAGCUCCCGUUGCUCGGUCCCUGCUCCUGCCAACCUAGCAGUUCAAAAGCACAUCAAAGUGCAAGUAGAUAAAUAGGUACCGCUCUGGCGGUAAGGUAAAUGGCGUUUCCGUGCGCUGCUCUGGUUCACCAGAAGCGGCUUAGUCAUGCUGGCCACAUGACCCGGAAGCUGUACGCCGGAUCCCUCGGCCAAUAAAGCGAGAUGAGCGCCGCAACCCCAGAGUUGGUCACGACUAGACCUAAUAGUCAGGGGUCCCUUUACCUUUACCUUUCCUCAUGUUACGGGGGGUGGGGGUGGGGGUGGGGAAUGCCAGCUUCCGUAAGCCAUGAUUUCCCCAAAGUACCAAACGGCAAGGUUUGCAGCACCGAUGGGGCCAUCUUCGUCUCAUGCAAGGUUGUCAUGCGAGCGACAACUCUUGGAAUGCCUCCUUCUGCACAAUUAUUCAAAGUGCAAGAGGCCCUGCCCUUGUUUUUGCAUCUUUCCAGUGGGUACAUAUGCAAAGGCUGGUGAAUAAAUGCCACAGUCCCGUUCCAGAGACUGAACUCCUUUGCAGAGUUGAGGGUAACUCAGAGCCGACAGUUUCAUCAUAGCUGAUCACCAGUAAUGGAACACACACAGAGUGAUUCCAGAACAAUGCAUUAUAUUAUAUUAUAUUAUAUUAUAUUAUAUUAUAGUGGUACCUUGGGUUACAGAUGCUUCAGGUUACAUACUCCGCUAAUCCAGAAAUAGUACCUCAGGUUAAGAACUUUACUUCAGGAUGAGAACAGAAACUGCGUGCCGGUGGCGCAGAGGCAGCAGGAGGCCUCACUAGCUAAAGUGGUGCUUCUGGUUAAGAACAGUUUCAGGUUAAGAACGGACCUCCAGAACGAAUUAAGUUCUUAACCCGAUGUACCACUGUAUAUUAAUUAGCUUUCUUGUCCCAACUUUCCUCCAAAGCGCUCAAACCAGCGUUAGAAACUCAGAUAUAUAAGCUAGGGGCCAAAUGGCUCCUUAAACCAAGGUUACAGUCACCAAAACAGAAUGUCUGGUUGCCAUUUUGGGGCAAGAAGGCUCUAAAGUCUUACUUUCCAUGCUCCAAUUUUAGUAUAUGUGCUGCACUAAAAUCUUAUUUUCCAAAUGAUGGACUGACUGUGAUUCUGUUAAACACCUGGCUAGUUCAGAUGACAACCUUGGGCUAGCUUAAGAACUUUGAGAACUUAUCCAGGGGCAAUCCACACAUAUAAUGAUGACCUAUUUGCACCUCUUUUUCUUAACGGUGACUGCUCCUACUCAAGGCUGCACAGAAAACAACAACAAUUUGGUUCCAGAAAUGCAUUCUGAUUGUGCAGAUAAAAUAUAACGGAGAGAAUUCUAUAGGACGUGGUACUAGUGUGUGAAAAUAGUCCAGAUCCAAUGAUCCCCAGAUGAUGGACAUGUCAGGUGCCAUCCUGGAGCCCAGGCAUCUUGACUUGGCCCCAAGUGGUCGAUAGCCAGGUACAAAAUGUGCCCGGCUAAUUUCAAACUUCCAUACAUCAUGUAUGGAAGUAUGGAAGUGAAAGCUGGACCAUAAAGAAGGCUGAUCGCCGAAGAAUGGGUGCUUUUGAAUUAUGGUGCUGGAGGAGACUCUUGAGAUCCCAUGGACUGCAAGAAGAUCAAACCGAUCCAUUCUGAAGGAAAUCAGCCCUGAGUGCUCACCGGGAGGACAGAUCCGGAAGCUGAGGCUCCAAUACUUUGGCCACCUCAUGAGAAGAGAAGACUCCCUGGAAAAGACCCUGAUGUUGGGAAAGAUGGAGGGCACAAGGAGAAGGGGACGACAGAGGACGAGAUGGUUGGACAGUGUUCUCGAAGCUACCAGCACGAGUUUGACCAAACUGCGGGAGGCAGUGGAAGACAGGAGUGCCAGGCGUGCUCUGGUCCAUGGGGUCACGAAGAGUCGAACACGACCAAACGACUAAACAACAACACAAUUUCGAACAUUGAAGAUGAUGUCCAUGGCUCUUCCCCUUUCCGUAUUAUCCUCACAACAAGCCUGUGAGAUGGGUUGGGGUCAGUGGUGGUGAGCUUGAUGGCUGAGUGGAAACAUGGACCCUGAUCUCCCAGGUCUUAGUCCAACACUUACCCGUUGCAUGAUGAGCCCACCAGGAGUUAAGACAGCCCUCCUAGAACCCUUCUCAGACGACUUCCUAGUAGGAUUAAACUACCAGAGCUGGAAACUGCAGGUUCAGAGUCUUUGUGGGAGAAGGCCCUAAUUUGCUUCUGGCAAGGAGAACCCUAGGAAGGACUCCUCAAGGUCUCCUCAAGGAGAGAGACUUCCAGCCACCCAUCAGGCAAGACCUUUCCACCUGCCUUGCCCGACCCUCCAAUCUCUGCUUCUCUUUUUUUUAAAAUAAUAAUUUUUAUUAAGUUUUCCAUUUUAACAAUCCAAUCAGAUCACAUUGCAUAUUCCAAAUUAUACAAAUACAUCUCAUAUAAUCCAAAUAUUCUGCCAAAUUAUAAUUUUUUGUUGGGGCUUCCCAUGCUUCAAGUUCAGUGGGGUUCCAAUCAUCUUAUGUUUCUACUGCCUUGAGUUUCCAAUAGUUCCUUCUUUAAAUCUUCCUGUUGUUAUCCUUCCUUCCUUCAUGGCUUCUCAAUUUGUAUUGUAUUAUUUUAUACACUGUGACUUGCCGUUGUUUUUAUUUAUUAUAGUUUAGAAAUUAUUUAUUGUAAUUGUUAAGAGUGGAUUUCUGUUUCAUUUUUAUACGCUGAUAUUUAAUAUUCUAUACUCUUCUAGUGGAUUGUUGAAUCUGACUUUAUUUGAUAUAAGUUGCUUAUUUUAAAGUUAUGUUUUAUUAUCACAUUUUUGGAUUGGAUUGUUAUAUGGUGUACAUUCUUUGCCUCUUCAGCUUGUAAACCGCCUUGGGUAUAGUGAAAUAGAAAGGUGGUAUACAAAUUAAACGUGAAAUGAAAAAUGAAAAUUAAACAUCCCUCCCCUGUUCUGACAGGUGUCCCUUCCUCCUUCUCUGGGAGAAGUGAAUGACGCCAUACUAUAAUGACUAGGCUCAGGAAGGCUUUUAAAAGUUUAAUGGUUGUUUGUAGCAAUUAUCUCAAAUUUGCAUGGUAAGGAAGGGCCCUCUUUGAGUCUGCAAGCCCUUGUACUCACUGAAAAAGCAUCUUUACUGUGAGGGACUGGUGGGGAGAGGGAGCAAAAAGAAGCCAAGUACUUCUCUUUGCUUUCUUUGGUAGGGUUUUAGUUCAGGUGAACAGUGUACAGUGGGACCUCGGGUUAAGAACUUAAAUUCGUUCUGGAGGUCCGUUCUUAACCUGAGGUACCACUUUAACUAAUGGGGCCUCCCGCUGCUGCCGUGCGAUUUCUGUUCUCAUCCUGAAGCAAAGUUCUGAACCCGAGGUACUAUUUCUUGGUUAGCAGAGUCUGUAACCUGAAGCGUCUGUAACCCGAGGUACCACUGUAAUACUUUAGAAAUACAGUCAUACCUUGGGUUGAAGUUGCUUCAGGUUGAGCGCUUUCGGGUUGCGCUCCGCGGUGACACGGAAGUAACGGAACGCGUUACUUCCGGCUUUCGCCGCUCGCACAGACGGUCAAAAUGAUGUCACGUGCAUGCAAAAAAGCGGCGAAUUGCGACCCGCGCAGACAUGGGUUGCAUUCGCUUCUGGAUGCGAACGGGGCUCCGGAACGCAUCCUGGUCGUAUCCAGAGGUACCACUGUAAAGUGUUCUGAAAUAGUAAACUCUUUGUAAGAGUUUACCCAUUGACUAUAGCAGCUUUCCCACCACCUUCGAAAGAGAAAACUCUACUCCCUUAAAAAUAAAACUGUUUCAGCUUAUGUAACUCUUCGGACGACAAUCCACAUAAACGAGCAAGUUGACAAAUCAUGGAUUUUCUCACUUGGGCAAAGUGGGGUCUGCGGGUGAAAACACGGCUGUGUCUGAUCACUUCUCACCACAACCUGAUGGAGAAGGGAACUGAACACUUUUCCUUACCAUUCUGAAGGCCCGAAAUGAAGGAACUUGCAUGACUGAAAAAUAAAUUCUGCAUUCCUCUUUCAGAAAGCUUUGGCAGGGCAAAGACACUGGACUUGGAGGGAAGCCAUUAAAAGGGGGAAUGUGGGGCUAGAAGUUCUUCAAUUGCUGUUCCAUAAACCAGGGGUGAGCCAUGUUAGGAAACUCAAGACAUAUAAGGUCACUGCCAAAUACAGUAGCAGCUUAAAACCUAGGUUACGGUCGCCACAACAGAAUGUCUAGGCGCCAUUCCGCCCCCCCCCCCAAUGAGAUUUCUUUUUCCUUUUCUUCAGUUCAUUUCUAGACUGCUUUAUAUCUCAAAGAAGAAAUCUCAAAGCGCUUUACAACCCAUUAAAACAUCAAAUAAAAAAUCCAGAAUAAAACAAAUUCACGCUGCAAGGAAAAUAUUUCAGACCCUUCUCCAAGUGACAUUUUGCUUCCCCCCAUAUUUAUUUGCCUACUUAAUUUAGCUCAUAGCACAGCAGAAGUACUCUAGGAAGCCAGGGUGAUGUAGUGGUUAGAGCAGGGGUCAGCAAAUGUUUUCAGCAGGGUCCACUGUCCCUCAGACUUUGUGGGGGGCCGGACUAUAUUUUGAAGGGAAAACAACGAACGAAUUCCUAUGCCCCACAGAUAACCCAGAGAUGCAUUUUAAAUAAAAGGACACAUUCUACUCAUGUAAAAACAGGCUGAUUCCUGGACCGUCCGCUGGCCGGAUUUAGAAGGCGAUUGGGCCGGAUGCGACCCCUGGGCCUUAGUUUGCCUACCCAUGGGUUAGAGUGUUGGAGUAGGACCUAGGAGAUCAGGGUUCAAAUAUGUACUCGGUCAUGAAGCUGACUGGGUGACCUUGGGCCAGUCACAGGCUACCUCACAGGAUCAUUGCAAUGAUUAACUGCUUAGCUGCUUAAGAAAGCCGGAGGGGCCAGCCAGGUGGAGAUGACAGGUGCCAACCUGGCAUUCAAAGAUCUCCAAGUGGUCGCAACUGGACCUACGCCAGUCACAAAACGUGCCUGGCACCUGGCUAAUUUUAAAAGGGGGGUGGGUGAGGAAGCUGUGGCCUUCCAGAUAUUGGCAAACUUCAACUCCCUUCUUCCCUGACUAUCGGCGACGUUCCCGGGGACCAUCCUAACCCCAGCCAACCUAAGCUGGAUAGGUAAAGAUAAAGGGACCCCUGACCAUUAGGUCCAGUUGUAGUCGACUCUGGUGUUGCGGCGCUCAUCUCGCUUUACUGGCCGAGGGAGCCAGCGUACAGCUUCUGGGUCAUGUGGCCAGCAUGACUAAGCCGCUUCUGGCGAACCAGAGCAGCGCACGGAAACGCUGUUUACCUUCCCGCUGGAGAAGGUAUUUAUCUACUUGCACUUUGACGUGCUUUCAAACUGCUAGGUUGGCAGGAGUAGGGACUGAGCAACGGGAGCUCACCCCAUCGCGGGGAUUCGAACCGCUGACCUUCUGAUCGGCAAGUCCUAGGCUCUGUGGUUUAACCCACAGCGCCACCCGCGUCCCAAGCUGGAUAGCAUCCUCCAAAUCAGGCACCCCCAAACCCGGCCCUCCAGAUGUUUUGGGACUACAACUCCCAUCAUCCCUAGCUAACAGGUCAGGGAUGAUGGGAAUUGUAGUCCCAAAACAUCUGAAGGGCCGAGUUUGGGGAUGCCUGUUCCAAAUCCUUAAAUUUCCUGAGGGGUCAAUGUAAGGAGUGCCAGGCGUGCGUGACACUACGGCACACCCAGUUAACACCUAUCAGAUGACCAGGUUCAGGAUCUGGUCUCUCCAGCUAGGCAAGCUUUUGUAGUGGUAAGUGAGCUCACGCCCACCCCAGCUCUGCUUUGGCGUAGCACCCCACUGGGGAAAACAGGUUCUGGCAGCAUCGCACAAAGGCUAUAGUUAAAAGACAUGAUGAAGUAGCUGGAGCAUUUCCCCUGUCCAAAAAAAAAAAAAAAAAAAAAAAAGCUAAAGCACAUGGAAAUUACUUGGGGGGGGGGAAUAAAUGAAUCAGAUAAUCAUAGAAUUGUAGAGUUGGAAGGGACCCUGAGGAAAAACAAAUGGAACCAGGUUAGCUUUGCCGUGGUUUAAUGUAUUUUUAAUCUUUGUAUUAAACGUAUUUUGGGAUGCGGGUGGCGCUGUGGGUUAAACCACAGAGCCUAGGGCUUGCCGAUCAGAAGGUCGGCGGUUCAAAUCCCCGCGACGGGUGAGCUCCCGUUGCUCGGUCCCUGCUCCUGCCAACCUAGCAGUUUGAAAGCACGUCAAAGUGCAAGUAGAUAAAUAGGUACCACUCCAGCGGGAAGGUAAAUGGCGUUUCCGUGCGCUGUUCUGGUUCGUGACAUGCUGGCCACAUGACCCGGAAGCUGUACUCCGGCUCCCUCGGCCAAUAAAGUGAGAUGAACCCCAGAGUCGGUCACGACUGGACCUAAUGGUCAGGGGUCCCUUUACCUUUACCUUUAUUAAAUGUAUUUUAAUGUAUUUUUAAUCUCUGUUGGAAGCCACCCAGAAUGGACGGGGUACAAAUAAUAAUUUUUUAAAAUUUAUUAUUAUUAUUAUUAUUUAGUCCAAGUCCAUGCAAUGCAAGAAUAUGCAGCUAACCUAUAUGGGGAUCAAACCUGCAACCUUGCCGUUAUCAGCACCACGCUCUAAUUGAGCUACCUAGGCUGAGAGACAAGGAUGGUUAAGACAGAGGUGCGCAAAAUCAGGCAUGGUAUUGGGGAGGGGGAAUGUCCCCGCCCCUUUCAAUGCUAAAACUGAGGGUCACCCUGUUAAACUGGUUGGCCAGCAGACUGGGGACAGACAAAAGAAAGUCACACAAUGCAUUCCUAGACCACAAUUCCCAUCAUCCCUAAACACUGGCUAGGCCUGAUGGGAGCUGGAGUCCAGGAACAGCUGAAAGACCACAGGUUCCCCAGCCCUGACGCAAUGUAUUGAACUUAUGGCCACAAGAGACAAUGGCCAUAGGCUUAGAUGGCUCUAAAAUGGGAUUGGACCUAUCCUCUAUAAAUGGGCCUAUCGAUAGGUAUUAGCCAUAGUAAUUAGUCCAACAGCCAUGGAGAGGGCUGUUGGGUUCAAGCCCUGCUGUGGGCUUCCCAGAACCAUCUAAUUCAGCCGGGAGGCGGGGGCGGGCGAGCUGUUGAUGGACCAUCUCCCAUCAGCUCCAGGCAACAUGGCCACUGGUGAUGGAAGAUGGGAACUGUAGUCCAACAGCAUAUUGAGGGCCGAAGUUUCUCCAUUCCUGCUUUAGCUAGACAUAGGUAAAGGUAAAGGGACCCCUGACCAUUAGGUCCAGUCGUGGCCGACUCUGGGGUUGCGGCGCUCAUCUCGCUUUAUUGGCCGAGGGAGCCGGCAUACAGCUUCCAGUUCAUGUGGCCAGCAUGACAAAGCCACUUCUGACGAACCAGAGCAGGGCACGGAAACGCCGUUUACCUUCCCGCCAGAGCGAUACCUAUUUAUCUACUUGCACUUUCACGUGCUUUCGAAGAGCUAGGUUGGCAGGAGCAGGGACCAAGGAAUGGGAGCUCACCCCGUCGUGGGGAUUUGAACUGCCGACCUUCUGAUCGGCAAGUCCUAGGCUCUGUGGUUUAACCCACAGCGCCACCCGCGUCCCAUACAUGCUUCCAUUUUUACUACUGUUGUUGUUGUUGUUUAGUCAUUUAGUCGUGUCCGACUCUUCGUGACCCCGUGGACCAGAGCAUGUCAGGCACUCCUGUCUUCCACUGCCUCCUGCAGUUUGGUGAAAAAUUUUACUACUAAGCAGGAUUAAAUAGGAGGUGCUCAAAGUACAUUACAAAGAAAGACUCUGUCUGUGUGGACAACCCUGCGUCGAGGACCUGUGCCAUUACAGUGGUACCUCAGGUUACAUAUGCUUCAGGUUACAUACGCUUCAGGUUACAGACUCCGCUAACCCAGAAAUAUUACCUCGGGUUAAGAACCAUGCUUCAGGAUGAGAACAGAAAUCGUGCUCCGGCGGCGCGGCAGCAGCAGGAGGCCCCAUUAGCUAAAGUGGUGCUUCAGGUUAAGAACCGUUUCAGGUUAAGAACGGACCUCCGGAACGAGUUAAGUAUGUAGCCAGAGGUACAUACUUAUUUAUUGCAGUGCCCAUUAUAUAUAGACCCAAGAGACCGAUUUAUAAAACCCCUGUUUAUGAGUGGAAUAUAUCUGAAUAGGGUGGAAAGGGUGAAAUGGCUGCUGAGUGACACCGACGACUUUGUUACUUAUAAAGUAGCACUCUAUGGGCUGGUAGCUAAGAAGAUCAGGAGGAAGGAACUAGAUAAAAUAGCGGUCAACUGCAAAGGGGAUUCGGAUAUUUAAUUUGGCACAUCUUACCUGAGAAUCUUCUGCUACUCUAUUCUAUUUAAUGCAACAAAUAAUUUUAGUAGCCGUGAACGUGGUUUUAUUGUAUGUGUGGUGCCCGAUGAUUGUUAUGGUUAUGGUUAUUGUUGUUGUUUUUUGUUGUUCUCCUUCUGAAUAAAGCCAUGGCCUAUGGCUAGUGCAAUAAAAAGUUUAAUUGGAAAUUGGAAAUAAGAGGUGCUCCCCAGCCAUGGCAGAGGAAAGGAAGGGGAAGGAAUAAUAAUAAUAAUAAUAAUAAUAAUAAUAAUAAUAAUUUAUACCCCGCCCACUCUGGGCAGCUCAAAGAAGCAUGUGUAUAUUUAGCCCCCAAUAACUUGUCUCUGGGAUUUGUGAUGCAACCUUUUCAUGCCUUCAGCCAAAUCAUCUACCGCCCCAAAUUUUGUUUCCUCUUGGGAGGGCAACAGGACCUACAAAUGCAGCCAUGUGUUGGCAAACCAAGGCUACAACUCGCUGGGCAGUCCAGCUUGGAGAUCCCUUCCCCCUCCUCCCAACCCAGGGCUGGCGCUUCCUCUUCCGUGGACGUCUAAUAACACCUCUGCGGAGAUCUGGAGAACCCCAAACCUGUUCCUUCCAGGCUGCAGUGAUGCAUCGCCUCCAACAUGUCACAUCCCGUUCCUCUUGACAGGACCUGCCUUUGUGACUGGAGAAGUUUCAGAGCAGAAAGGUGUGCGUGAGUGUGAGAGAGAAAGAGACUCCCAAUUUUCCCAGCAGAUCCCGCUUCAGGUUAAGCUAAACCUUUUCAAGGCCCUUGGCCAGCUAGACCGCAAACUGCUUCUCUACAACGUUUUGCCUGUACAGUGGUACCUCGGGUUCAGAACUUAAUUUGUUCUGGAGGUCCGUUCUUAACCUGAAACUGUUCUUAACCUGAAGCACCACUUUAGCUAAUGGGGCCUCCUGCUGCCAUCGCGCCACCAGAGCACGAUUUCUGUUCUCAUCCUGAAGCAAAUUUCUUAACCUGAGGUACUAUUUCUGGGUUAGCGGAGUCUGUAACCUGAAGCGUCUGUAACCUGCGGUACCACUGUACCACACUUCGUCCAAGGAUCACAGGGCGGCUUACAAUGUAAAAAUACAUAAAUACAUACCAUCGUAACAAACAAUAGCCCCCACACACUGUUUAAAAGGCCAUAGAUUGCUUAAUUAGCCAAAGGCCUGGGAGAAGAGGAAUGUUUUUGCCCGGUGCCUAAUGAUAGGUAACGAAGGCGCCAGGCGAGCCUCCCUGGGGAGAGCAUUCCACAAGUGGGAAGCCACCACAGAAAAGUCCCUGCUCUCGUGUUGCUGCUCUCCAGAUCUCUUGCAGAGGAAGCCCACAAGUGCAAAGGUAUGCCUAGCAUCCAAAGUACUAGGUCAGAGAAAGGAAAUAUUUUAUUAGAGGGAACAGGUUUGUUCUACCCUAGAGAAUAUCAUUAUUCCUGUAAAAAAAAUCAACUGGCACAAAUCUACGGCUGUCAAGAAAUUCAUCCUUUGGAGCUGGUCUGGGUCCUAUUCUGGAAGAGGCAGUUGGGUGGGCAAUAGGGCAAUAGAGGGAGGAAUUGGCGGUGCCCCUUUUGCUUCCCAGGGAGAAAGCAGAGGGAAAUGGAGGGUGGGGAAGAUGAAUGGCUCCUUUCUGAACUCCGGUCGCGCUGUGAAGGGCCCUGUGUCCCAGCCAGCCAAAAGGCAGCCCUGCUCUCUGUCACUCUUGAAGCUGGCCAAGCUUCAGCUCUCCAUGAUUUCCUUUUGCCCACGGUGAAAAGGAAAUGGGCUGGGAGGAAGAGGUGGCCAAGCAGCCAAGACAACAGCUCAUUCUGCAUAAUUCAUGGCCGUAGAAUUACAUAAGGAUUAUGAAUAUGAGGAGACACCCGCUCCCCAACUCACGUUGCCAGCAAAUCAUUCCUGCCACUUAGUUCAUGCUACCUAUCCGGAGAAAGCGCACCCUCCCCCGAAAUUGGGAGGAUGAGGAGACGGGCAGUGCUGCCCUGGGGACGGCUCCCAAACUGCUUACAGGAUGGAGACAAUCACGCCGAUGGGGCCGGGGGUGCUAUCCUGCAGGUUAGAUCGGCCCCAAAGAGCAUAUAUCCUAGGUGCAAAAGCGCCUGAAGAAGUUUAUGCACCGAUUUCUACCGCGCCAGUCCUCCUUGGAUCCACCUUCCUUUGCUCCUUUGCAAAUCAAGAACGCAGGUCCAGGGCUGCAUGAGUCAAGGCUCACUAAAGCCUCCGAACACGUUUCAAGCGAAUUCCUUUACACUGAGUAAAGCGAGCAAUUCUCUCCCCCCGCCCGCGACGCACAGGACAGAGCUUCCAAAGGCGAAGCCGCAGUUAACCUGCGCGAAUUUACGUCCCAGGCGCGUUCAGAACACUUUGUCCUCCUGGUCCCGUCCCGCUCCCCCCCCCCCGGGGGAAUCGGGGGCGCGGGGACGAGUUAAGGCACGCGGGCUCCUCUAGGGUCGCAAAAGCGCAAGGUAUUAAAAAAAAUAAAAGUGAGAUCUGCCGGCCAGCUCUGCAGAAGCUGCAGUCCCCGGGCGGGAAUAGGACGCAGCAAGUAACUCCGGGAGCUGCCCAACUCACCUCGUCGCCUUUGCUGCGCAAUUCGAAGGACUCCUCGGCUUCGUCGUCGUCCGCCCCCCCUUUGCCUGCCUCGCCAUAGUCGCGUCGGAGCAAGGUGAAGCCUUGCCUGCAGCACAGCAACCACCACAAGCCGCCGGGGAACGGCAUCCGGCGCCUGAGCUCGCCGCGGGAGCCUCGAUCCGCGCGCGCAAGGCGAGCCAAGGAAAGGACGGUGCGCCCAGGGCGCGUUUGGAGACGCCAAACAGGGACCCUCCCGGCGCGCAGCUCCCCGGCCGUCUGGCGCGCUCGCUCAGCCCGCGCUCGCCCCGCCCCGGCUCUCCCCGCCCCCGAGCUAGGGAAGAGGAGGAGGAGGAGCGCGUCCAGGCCCAGCCCCGCCGGUUGCCCCGGGAGGAGCCGCCCUUUCCGGGGGGCCGGCAGCCGGAUGCGUCACGCGGACCGGCUGGGAGAGGGAGACAGGCCCAGGGCGCGCUCGGCUUCCCGCUGCCCCGGAGCCGGAGGCAAAGCAGGCGGGCGGGCUCCGGUCUGGUGCCAAAACUCAAGGAUCGGGGCCGGGUAGAGCGAUCGGGGCGGCUCAGAAAGCGCCGCCGGGACGGGGCUGCGCCUUUUCCCGACUUCGGCUGGAGAAGGGAAAGCGCAGGGGCGAGUUGGGGAGGGGUCUCGAUCCGAGGUAUCUGAAGCCUCUGGUAAGGCGGCAGGGAGGCUUCUGCUCGAGAAGCAAGAGGCGCAGUUCUCCUGAGCAUAUGCAGAGGUUUUCGUUCCUCGGCUGCAGUGGCGUUAACCGGCUCCCCGUCCGCCCUCUUAAGUACACACCUGGAGUUGUAAUGGAGGGUAAUAUGUGAUUUCCUGGCGAACUCGGAAGGCAGGUUUCGCACGCCGAAUAGCCUCCAACAUUCCCCGAUGGAGAGAGGGACGUCAACUGGGCAGCUUACAACAUAUAUAGAAACAUAAUGAAACGUUAAACAGAAAAAAUUCCUUAUGUAGUGCUGCCGUGAGAUAUCACCUAAAGGUUAUAUAGUUACUUAUCUCCUUGGCUCUGGAGUUGCCUAACUCCAUACCCUCCUACAUUUCUCUGAUGAAAACAGGGACGUCCUAAGGAAAAGCGGGUCAUUCCAGGAUCAAAUCAGAAACCGGGACGAUAUCUAUGGAUCUGGAACUGUCCCUGGAAAAUAGGGACACUUGGAGAGUCUGGACCAGCCUUGAAAGAUGUGGAACAUAAUAAAAAAGGAGAGUUGUUCUGAGAAUGGGCAGACUCGCUUUUUCUCUAUUCCCAGGGCAUUUUUAAAAAUCCUUCUGCAUGACAGAAAUUAAGAACUCUUAGGCACGUCAGGUUCUUUGCGGUAGCUCCAGAGAAGCUGCGAAACAUUCGACUGGGGAAGACAAGUCUAUCAACAGCUAUCAAUCACCCAACUAUUAAUUAGCCUCCGUUUUGGGAGGUGCUAUGUGAUUAAAUACUAGGCUAGCCAGCAGUAGGGAAGGGUGGCUGUUGACUUCACGUCCUGCUCUUGAGUUUCCCUGGAGGCGUUUAGUUAGCCACUGUGGGAAACAGGAUGUGGAUUAGAUGGUUUCCUUGGCCUGAUCCCACAGGGCUCUUAUUAGGCUUUGCAUUUCAAAGGCGGUGGCAGCAGGUCUGCAACUGCCUCUUCCUUCACCCAUCAGCUUUUCCCAUCAGCUAAUGAGAAAACAAGUUGCAUCUGAGGUUGUUUUUUUUAGUGAAUUUCGUGGUUUUUGUUGCACUUACCUUACCUCUGAGGAGGCCAAGGAUAUUCGUGUAUGACAGUUCCUUCAGUCGACAAAUCAUCUCACCAGCAGUCUGCACUUUGCAGCCUCCCCAGGUGCCCAAGUUUCAGCUAGAGCUCAGGGGAAACCUUUAUGAGGCAAUCUUUCUUGUGAGAGGGUAAGGAAGUGUAAGGAACCAAGGAGGCUGUACAUGUGCUUGAGAAAUGUUUACCAGAAAGAAAAACAUACACCACCCUUCUCCACCUCUCAACAAUAAGGAAGGCUCAAAACCUCGCAGCCACUGAAUUUCUAAAGAACCCUGAGAAUGAUGCAAAAAAUAAAGUAGCAAUUUUUAGUUUUUUUGCAGAGGAUGAAAACUCAAGUAACUGGAGGACAAAUACCAACACAGCACUGUGCAAAGUCUUUGUUAUUCUGCCAUAUUCAAAACAACCAUUUUCACAUUUGAUGUUAAAAAUGUGUUUCUGAGUAUACCUCUUGCUCUGUUUAUACUACAUGUUACUCAUGUGGAAAAGAAAGCAGAACAGCAUGGAAUUUUGACACUGUACAUUUUUCUAGCUGCUUGUUGCAGACUGAUCUAAAAUAGCUAGGAAGAUUUCAAAUUGCGGUUUGUGGUUUUGCUUUCAAACAGCUGCAGGGACCCUGGUUUUUAUAUCUCCCCCCUUGCCAUUUUUCAGGUAAAAGACUGGCAUGAGAAGGGCAUCUGGCGCCCCUUCCAUGCCCCUACCCAGUUUAGGGGGCUCAGGUGGGCUUUUUUUUUUUAGGGGGACGGACUGAAACCUAUCCUGCUGCAGUCAAAAUCUGAAGCCUCCAUAGCUGCUUUUAAUUGGGAAACAUUAAAAGAAAUAUAUAAAGAAACCCUGUCAUGGCUCUCCUGAAUCAUAUUUCAGAAUUUUUGCAACUAUGCAUGAGGGGAGGGUGAAAUGAUAUUAAUAGGUAGCUAAACUGUGUUAAGUUGCGCCCAACAGCUAAGGUGCAAUUGGUCAUUUUAGUUGUACGGUCCUAAGGACACCCCCCCACACACACUAUUUAGACAGUAAGUAAGGGCUUCAAAAUGUAGUAAGAUAACCCUGCUGCAUUUGUGGGCCUUGUUGCUAAUUCGGCUUGGACUUUGGCCUCCCGCAGUCCUCCCCUGAUGGCAUCGCUGCUGCCAAGUAGAUUCCUGGAAUGGCAUCUCUUGCCUGGUCAGUUUAUCCAAGGCAGCUGAGUCUGAACGGCUUUCUGAAAGAAUUAUGCCCUGAGAUUCCACCACCAUCCCUGGUUUGGAUCCUCUGCUUUGCAGGGAUCAGAGCUUUUGGCAUCUCUCAAAAUCUUUACAGAUCCAAUCUUCAGGGAAGAAUGUCAAAAGAGCAUGAGAGGGAGGUGUUGGCAGGCUGAAGGGAACGCCAAGUCUGCAGUAUCUUUGGGGUGAGGACUCAGUGGACACAGGAUGCUGCCUGUUUUGGGGCAGGGGGAGGGGAGAAAACUCUUCUUUUUAUCCCCAUAUUGCGGGUUGAACUGUACACAGCGAUUCUGCAGUAUAAAAAGGUAAAGGGACCCCUGACCAUUAGGUCCAGUCGUGGCCGACUCUGGGGUUGCGGCGCUCAUCUCGCUUUACUGGCCGAGGGAGCCUGCGUACAGCUUCCGGGUCAUGUGGCCAGCAUGACUAAGCCGCUUCUGGCGAACCAGAGCAGUGUACGCAAACGCCGUUUACCUUCCCGCCGGAGCGGUACCUAUUUAUCUACUUGCACUUUGAUGCGCUUUCGAACUGCUAGGUUGGCAGGAGCAGGGACCGAGCAACGGGAGCUCACCCCGUCACGGAGAUUCGAACCGCCGACCUACUGAUCGGCAAGUCAUAGAAUCAUAGAGUUGGAAGAGACCACAAGGGCCAUCAAGUCCAACCCCCUGCCAAGCAGGAAACACCACCAGAGCACUCCUGACAUAUGGUUGUCAAGCCUCUGCUUAAAGACCUCCAAAGAAGGAGACUCCACCACACUCCUUGGCAGCAAAUUCCACUGUCAAACAGCUCUUACUGUCAGGAAGUUCUUCCUAAUGUUUAGGUGGAAUCUUCUUUCUUGUAGUUUGGAUCCAUUGCUCCGUGUCUGCUUCUCUGGAGCAGCAGAAAACAACCUUUCUCCCUCCUCUAUGUGACAUCCUUUUAUAUAUUUGAACAUGGUUAUCCUAGUCCUAGGCUCUGUGGUUUAAACCACAGCGCCACCCGCGCUGACAUUUUAAAUUCCCUGCCCUGGAGCUCAAGACCACCCUUCCAUACCUCAUACAUACAUCACAGAAGGGGUGUAACCCAAGACCACCCCCCCACAAACAUCAUACCUACAUCACAGAAAAGGUGGUCUACAACAGAAAUUUGAAUGCUGUUUUUCCUGUCUGCCACGUUAUCUGAUAAUGCCUUAUCUGAUUGCCUUUCCGGGUAGUCUGGCCAUUCCUUUGAAAUGCUUAUUUUACACAUUUUUUUUUUUAGUUCAUUAUAUAUCAUUUCCCAGAAAGUCUUUACAGUGGUGCCCCGCAAGACGAAUGCCUCGCAAGACGGAAAAACCGCUAGACGAAAGGGUUUUCCGUUUUGAAGUUGCUUCGCAGGACGAAUUCCCCUAUGGGCUUGCUUCGCAAGACGAAAAUACCUUGCGAGUCUUGAGAUUUUUUUCGCUUUUCCCCUUUAUCUAAUCUGCUAAGCCUUUAAUAGCCUUUAAUAGCCUUUUAGCAGCUAAUCCCUAAGCCUUUAAGCCUUUAAUAGCCGCUAAACAGCUGAUAGCGCUAAUAGCGCUAAUCCGUCAAUGGGCUUGCUUCGCAAGACGAAAAAACCGCUAGACGAAGACUCUUGCGGAACGGAUUAAUUUCGUCUUGCGAGGCACCACUGUAUUACCUUACACAGCCACCACAUAUGAUAAAAGGUACCUCCCUUUUCUUUACAGGUAUUUGUACUUGUUCUAUACAUUUUUUCUAACUUACUAAGUGUCAAAUACCGCUGGUACAACAUUUUCAUCUAAUUUUCUUUCAGCGUACAACAUGCUGUAAAUUUCAGAUCUGUUUUCCAUUGCCUUUCCCAAUCUGCAGUCUGAAUGUUAUACCCCGAAUCCUUUGCCCAGUGUAUCAUUACACAUGCAAUGUAUCCUUGCAGGCACCAGGCAGAGUGGUGGGCAAGUGCUGGUGGGGUUUGGAAAACCGAUGCCCAAGGUGUGAGGGUGUCCUUUCCCCAGCACGGCACAAAGACCCAGCCACCCAUCCUGUUGGCUUCCGAACGAGAAACGGGGUGUCUGCGUGAGGUGUCCUCCUCCUUCACCUCUCACAGGAAAACGUCCUUGUGGCUGGUGCUGAAAAGAGGUGCUGGGCCUAAGCGAUGGCUUUCACGCGCAGCUUCCUCUUUCCACGAAAUCCCCGCCUGAGGAACGUCUCCACCGUUGUGGGGAAGCGGCCUUCCUAAGGGGGGACUUCUCUUUUGAUUCAUUUCCUGUGGAAGACUAGACUCAAGUUCCCAGGCUUGCCACUUCCCCAAACGGCUGCAAGUGACAAGAACUAGCAUGGUGUACCACCAGCAGAUGGACUUCUCUUUUCCCAGAGGGGACGUCAGGGGCUGGGCCUGCUUUGCAAAGUCAGAUCGUAAGCCCCCUUGGAAGACUAGGUAAAGGAAAAGGUACCCCUGACCAUUAGGUCCAGUCGUGGCUGGGUUGCGGCGCUCAUCUCGCUUUAUUAGCCGAGGGAGCCGGCGUACAGCUUCCAGGUCAUGUGGCCAGCAUGACUAAGCCGCUUCUGGCAAACCAGAGCAGCUGUUUACCUUCCCGCCGGAGUGGUACCUAUUUAUCUACUUGCACUUUGAUGUGCUUUGGAACUGCUAGGUUGGCAGGAGCUGGGACCAAACAAAGAAGAAGAAGAAGAGUUUGGAUUUGAUAUCCCACUUUAUCACUACCUGAAGGAGUCUCAAAGUGGCUAACAUUCUCCUUUCUCUUCCUCCCCCACAACAAACACUCUGUGAGGUGAGUGGGGCUGAGAGACUUCAGAGAAGUGUGAUUAGCCCAAGGUCACCCAGCAGCUGCAUGUGGAGGAGGGGAGACGCGAACCCGGUUCACCAGAUUACGAGUCUACCACUCUUAACCACUACACCACAAAGGGAGCUCACCCCAUCACGGGGAUUCGAACCACCGACCUUCUGAAUGGCAAACUCUAGGCUCUGUGGUUUAGACCACAGCGCCCAAUUCGUCCCAGGGCUUGGGAGACGGAAAGUCCUAAAUAUCCGAGUACAGUAAUGUUUCCUCUGGGCUGGAACACUGUGGCCAUUGAACUAUUAACCACCUCAGGUUGGUCAGUCCCUCUCCACUCAGUAUAAUAAGCCAAGAAGGCAAGGGUUGAACAUACAUUAGGUGUGUCCCCAUUUGUCCAGCCACCUUAGUUACAUCCUCAGGCCUUGGCAACUGAAAUCCACCCAACGGAAACUAGAGCGGGUAAAACUAUGGAGACCUCCAAAUACGGAUUCAACGGUUGCGUCUGAGUCAGGGCAGACAUGGGUUGUUGUUUUCUAAUCCUCUGUGAGCUUUGAGAACAUGUCACAGAGGGCCCUCUAGGGUUCUGCAACGUCCCCGGGCAGGCCAGAUUGCAAAAAGCCCUGAAGGAACCGCAAAAGCUCUGCUGGGGGUGGCACUGGAAGGAUGCAAUGGUGCUGGAAAAUAACUGCUUAGGCUCCCAUUAGCGUCUUCUGACUUCUUGUGCUGUAGCUAUCUUCCUUCCUGCUUGGUUGCCCUUUGCUCCCUAAAUUACCAAGGAGCCAGUUGGGAUAAGCUAAGCGGAAAAGGGUGCUGAGGAGGAAGGGUGUCAAAGGCCUGACUCAUCUUCAUAUUCUGCAGAGUGACCUGUGCCAGCUGCGGCAACUGGAAAUUCCCCAAGGCUGUCUGGACUCCUGGGGAUUCCAUGAGCUUCCUGGGAUGAACCCUCCCCCCUUAACCAGCAGAUCCAUCUCGGCAGAGGGGACUAGAUGCAGAGAGACUUAAGAGCGCCUCCGGACAUGCGAACCAUGUGUAGGAAACUUGUGCAGCAAGCAAAUCAGGACGAGCGCGAGGCAAAAGUUCGUUGUCAGCCAACCACCCCAUAAACUAGUCAGAAGGAAUGCUCGAUAAAGCCAGAUAUGAUCUAAGUACCUGUGUUAACUUUUGUGCAAGCAGAUCAGGAUGAACACUCAGUGAAGAGGCCAUCUGGAAGAGCCCUAAACCUCAACAGGAAGCAGUUAGAUCAGGGGUUGGCAAGGUUUACCUCGCGGGACCGGUUCACUCCAGUGGAGAUCCCUCCGUGGCGCCUGCGUCUGUGCAGACAUGAUAUUCGGCGUCUGCGCAGAUGCGAUUUCCGGCGCCGUGGAAGCGAGUCCCUGCGCCGCACCAGUUUAGCGCAGCGUCCAGGGACUCAGCGAGCGGGCAGCUCAGUUUGGGGGUAGCUUGUGAGCCGGUUAAACGACCUUCGUGGGCCUCUUGCGGCCCAUGGGCCUUAGGUUGCCGACUCCUGAAUUAGAUCGACAGAGGGAGGAUUUAUUUGGCUAUAGACACUCUAUGGACAAAUACGAAAGAACAAUAAUAUACAAAAUGGAUGAAGGCAAUGCAAAAAAUUUAGAUGUGAUAUAAAAAGCCAGAAGAAGGAAGGAAGGGAGUUGGCUCUUAGGAGCAAAUAUAAAUGUAAAAUGUAAUACAAUAUGUGUAUGUGGAGUAUGUUAAUGAAAAUCAAUAAAGAAUAUUAUGAAGGAGAAAAAAGAAUUACCGUAGAUUGACAGAGAUGUCAGAAUACCCCACUCCCCACCCCCCUUCAGAAGUAAAAUGUGUGAUGAGUUGGUUUUUAUUUUUGUUUGAUCAGGGAUGUUGGAAGCCCCCUCUAGUAUCUUUUUCUUAAGUGGGGUGCACACCUUUGAAAUAAGUCAGUACGCUCGGAUAAGCUAACCACAGAUGCACCUGUUCGGAAGGGCGCAUCACCUGCAAGACACGAUGCACGCACCAAACAUCAAGUGUGUUUGAAUGCUUGCAGGUGCUAUAUGAAAGAGCGUUUCUCGAUUGUGCAGUCUGCGUGUGUGGCGCUAUGUGACUUUUCACGGCUGCAAAAGUAACAGGGUUUACAUGCAAAGGGGGGAAAAGAGAGCAUGCGACGGUUAAAAUUCCACUGGGAGGACAGUCUCCAGCCCAGCCAGACAAGUGUGGGAGUGAAUUUGGCAGUCCUGCAUUUCCUCUGUCCAGAGCUCAGCCCGAACCCACCCAGUUGUUCUGAGAUGCUGCUUGACCCAGCAUUUACGCCAAAGCGGGGGCAAGCAGGUUUAACCCCUGCUAAACCUCAACAGUGGGAGAUGUUGGGAAUCAGGAAGACUGAAGGAAAACUAGGCACUGAGCCCGACAAGCUCAUGUUUAUUACUGCUCACAUUUUUAUCAACAAGUCUGAAGGCUUAGAAUCGUUCAAAAUCAAGUAGUAAAAAAAUAAGAAAUUUGAAAGCUUUGUUUGUGUAUAUAUCUAAAAGCAGUGCUUUUUUCUGGGGUAACACAGGGGUACGCAUACCCCUAAACAUUUUGUGAAUCUUUGUACUUUUGUCCAUUUACUGUAUUUAUUUCCCCCGAUUUGAACUAUAAAAUCGUGGUUUUCUUGAAUCAAAAUGAGAGUACCCCUAAACAUUUUUAAAGAAAAAAAUCACUGUCUAAAAGUGUGUGUGUUUCAGUUUUACUAAGUAAAAACAGCUGGUUUCCAGCCAGAAGUGACAUUAAUGGAAAAUAUGGUAUUUUUCAAAAGUGUCAGGGAGCAGUGAACAAGAGUCCGCAACAAAAUGUUGCAGUUUGCCCUGGUUUGCAUGUGUGAACCUGAUCCUGUGGCUGAAUUGGUUGGGCAAGGGGGAGAGUUAGUAUCAAAGGAAGGAGUCUUUGUUCUAACUUGGGUCUUACUUCAUGUCUGUAUGUUAUGUGUGUUUUAAGGUUUUGAACGUUUAAAAAUGCAACCAGUCUGCAUGCAAGUCACUGGAACCGGAGUUCAGCAUGUGACUGAGUGACUGGUUCCGCCUGGAAGUGCAAAGAAGCAAUUUAAGUAGACUGACCUUUGCUGCAACCUGAGAGGUGUGGGGAAUUUUUUGAGUGGGGAAGCAAACUAACCUCAGCCUCACCUGCAAAAUUAACAGUACACUAUAUGGGCAGGGCUGCUGUAGACUAUUCUCAGUGAAGCCCUCCAAUCUGCAAUACAUGUAUAGCAAUGAAUGCGGGUGGCGCUGUGGGUUAAACCACAGAGCCUAGGGCUUGCCGAUCAUAAGGUUGGCGGUUCGAAUCCCCGCGACGGGGUGAGCUCCCGUUGUUCGGUCCCUGCUCCUGCCAACCUAGCAGUUCUAAAGCACGUCAAAGUGCAAGUAGAUAAAUAGGUACCACUCUGGUGUUUCCGUGCACUGCUCUGAUUCGCCAGAAGUGGCUUAGUCAUGCUGGCCACAUGACCCGGAAGCCAGCUCCCUCAGCCAAUAAAGCGAGAUGAGCGCCGCAACCCCAGAGUCGGCCACGACUGGACCUAAUGGUCAGGGGUCCCUUUACCUUUAUAUAAGGGCAGGCACACCUUGGUUCUGGGUCCUCCUCCUUUCCUGCUUGUGAGGGGAGGACCCUGUUGCAACAGCUUUAAUAAAGAUCAGGCUUACUAGCUGCUUUGCUUCUCAAUAUUCUCUGGUUGGCCUCUGUUAUUUUCUCCUACCAAUAGGGAACCCACUUAAGGACUCUAUACGGGCUCUUGAUAUCCCAUAAGGGAAGAAGGGCAGAUUUUGUUUACAACACUUCCCACAGACAUCUGGUUGGCCACUGUGAGAACGGGGUACUGGACUAGGUGGGCCAUUGGUCCAGACCCUCCAAAUAUCUCUAUUUUCCAGGGACAGUCCCGGAUUUACGGAAGCCGUCCCGGUUUCUGAUUUGACCCCGAAAUGUCCCACUUUCCCUUAAGACGUCCCUAUUUUAAUGUUGGAGAGCGUGCUGUUACAUUCUUAGGCACUAAAUAACUUUGGACAGCCUGUGUAGGAUUCGGAAGUGGGGCAUAUCUUUCUUUAGCAGUUCACCCCUUCCCCCCCAUUGAUUUUCCAAAAAAUUUCAACAGACAAACAAACAAACAAACAAACAAACAAACAAACAAACAAACAGAUCUUAACUGUACUUAAUCCAAUCUUAGUACUGUAACAUUGUUAAGUGACUUCCUCAAAUCCCCCUGGCUCAAUUUCAGUGUACAGUGGUACCUCAGGUUAAGUACUUAAUUCGUUCCAGAGGUCCGUUCUUAACCUGAAACUGUUCUUAACCUGAAGCACCACUUUAGCUAAUGGGGCCUCCUGCUGCUGCCGCGCCACCGGAGCACGAAACUGUUCUUAACACAAACCUGCCAGCUAAUGGGGCCUCCUGCUGCUGCCGCGCCACCGGAGCACGAUUUCUGUUCUCAUCCUGAAGCAAAGUUCUUAACCCGAGGUACUAUUUCUGGGUUAGCGGAGUCUGUAACCUGAAGCAUAUGUAACCUGAAGCGUAUGUAACCUGAGGUACCACUGUAUAUCUUUGCUAAUUUUACAGGGGUUAAGUACCAUCUAUACAUCAUUUUCAUAAUAUUUCCCUUUAACACUGUACAUGCAGUGAACUUGACCCCUUUCCUCCACAACAGCAGUUCACCCUUAGCAGAAGCACCACGGAAGGUGGGGAGCGUGCCGGAAAUUGCCUGAACGGGGCUGCAUUGACUUGACUUUUCCUUUGCUGCAGCUUUAUCGACGGGGGAGAGGCUCUGCACAAGUUCCUGUUCCCCGUUCCCCUUUCCCCCUUCGCAUCCUGCUGGCCUUUAAACGCUGGCAGGCCCCCAUCCCUUACUCUGCAAGCUUAGAUCAGGGUUCCUGCUGGAAUCUCUGCCCCCAUAGCUGCCAUGCUGGUAGCUAGGGGACAAAUCCAAACCCUGUAGGCGAAGGCAGGGCAGCGCCAGGCCUGCUCUGUCUUCUCUUGCUUAGGAGCUGCCGAACCGGCUUGGCUGCUUUGCUGUCACCACGAGGUUGCCUGGAGCGUUCAGAUGGGUUGAAAGAGGCGGAAACGCAGCAUGGGGACGGCCGUGAGCAGUGGCUUACUGGCCCAUCGCCUCACCCUGGGGUGGCUGGGGCCCCGUGCUUUUGGGCAGCUGUACGGCAAGCCGAAGUUCAACAGGUGCAGCUUUUGCUUGCCAUAAUAAUAAUAAUAAUAAUAAUUUAUUAUUUAUACCCUGCCCAUCUGGCUGGGCUUCCCCAGCCACUCUGGGCAGCUUCCAGAAAAAUAUUAAAAUACUGUAAUACAUCAAACAUUAAAAGCUUCCCUAAACAGGGCUGCCUUCAGAUGUCUUCUAAAAGUCUGGUAGUUGUUGUUCUCUUUGACAUCUGGUGGGAGGGCGUUCCACAGGGAAGGCGCCACUACCGAGAAGGCCCUCUGCCUGGUUCCCUGUAACUUGGCUUCUCACAGUGAGGGAACUGCCAGAAGGCCCUCGGUGCUGGACCUCAGUGUCCGGGAAGAAUGAUGGGGGUGGAGACGUUCCUUCAGGUAUACUGGACCAAGGCCGUUUAGGGCUUUAAAGGUCAGCACCAACACUCUGAACUGUGCUCAGAAACGUACUGGGAGCCAAUGUAGGUCUUUCAAGACCGGUGUUAUAUGGUCUCGGCGGCCGCUCCCAGUCACCAGUCUGGCUGCUGCGUUCUGGAUUAGUUGUAGUUUCCGGCUCACCUUCAAAGGUAGCCCCACGUAGAGCGCAUUGCAGUAGUCCAAGCGGGAGAUAACCAGAGUAUGCGCCACUCUGGCAAGGCAGUCUGUGGGCAGGUAGGGUCUCAGCCUGCAUACCAGACAGAUCUGGUAGACAGCUGCCCUGGACACAGAAUUGACCUGCGCCUCCAUGGACAGCUGUGAGUCCAAAAUGACUCCCAGGCUGCGCACCUGGUCCUUCAGGGGCACAGUUACCCCAUUCAGGACCAGGGAAUCCUCCACACCUGCCCGCCUCCUGUCCCCCCAAAACAGUACUUCUGUCUUGUCAGGAUUCAAUCUCAAUCUGUUAGCCACUUUGGCUUGCCUCAUGCGCCUGCAACAUCAGGCAGAAGUGCUGGUUGAAAUUAUGCCUGCCAUGCAGCUGUUGCAAAAGAUAAAAGAGCCCUGCCUGGAACUAAUCUCUAUCCUGACCUCCAUAUGAAGAAAACAAUGGAAGAGCAGAAACCGACACAUACACACAAAUGCAAGCAAACAGAAAAUAACAUUGUAAGGUAUUGGAACAGUAAAGGCAGCAGGAUCCCAUGGAAAAUACUAUACAGUGGUACCUUGGUUCUUAAACUUAAUCCGUUCCGGAAGUCCAUUCCAAAACCAAAGCGUUCCAAAACCAAGGUGCGCUUUCCCAUAGAAAGUAAUGCAAAAUGGAUUAAUCCGUUCCAGACUUUUAAAAGCAACCCCUAAAACAGUAAUUUAACAUGAAUUUUACUCUCUAACGAGACAAUUGAUCCAUCAGAUGAAAGCAAGAAUAAGACAGUGUUGUAGAUGAUAAAAAUUAAAAAUAACGUUUUUUUCUUACCUGCACUGAUAAUAGCCAUUGUUUGUUUUUAUCCAUUUCCGCAGUCACACAGUCAUUCAUUUAAUCAGUAGCUGAACUGGGUUCCACACAGUCACAAAAACAAAUUAACCGAAAAAGCCUCAAAAACAAAAGCGCAAAAUAAAUAGCAAAAACAAAAGCGCCAAACAAUCUGUUCCAGAAGUCUGUUUGACUUCUGAAAUGUUUGAAAACCGAGGCGCAGAUUCCGAUUGGUGCAGGCGCCCCAGAAACAAUAGCUGACAGCCGCAUCAGACGUUCAGCUUCCAAAAAACAUUCGAAAACCAGAACACUUAUUUCUGGUUUUUUGGCGUUUGGGAACCAAGGCGUUUGAGUACCAAGGCGUUUCAGAACCAAGGUACCACUGUAUUAACUGAAUGCCUUAGAGCAGGCACCCCCAAACUCAGCCCUCCAGAUGUUUUGGGACUACAAUUCCCAUCAUCCCUGACCACUGGUCCUGUUAGCUAGGGAUGAUGGGAGUUGUAGUCCCAAAACAUCUGGAGGGCCAAGUUUGGGGAUGCCUGCCUUAGAGCAAGGAUGGGUGUUUAUUGUGGGGGUGGUGACCCUCAUCUAUGCAUAUAUAUUUUUUGCAGCACCCGCAUGAUGUGGUUGGCAUCAGAGUGCCCCAUGCCCCCACUGACAUUUAAUCUGGAGUUACCCUUUCCAGAGGAAAUGUGAAACAAACCACCCUGUUACCAAUGUCCCGGUUGCAACAUCUCGACAAUGCGCUUGCAAAUUAAUCCCUCACUGGGAAUUCACCCCUAAGUAACUUUACUCCUCCAGCUCAGUUGCCCUAUCAGCGCAAUGGGACUAACUGUGACUCGGGUGUUGAUGGGGGUAUGAGAAGUUGGGUUUUGCAGAGAGGAAGGGUGGACUCACCAAGCGGGGAGAAGGAGAAGGGUUCAAGGAGCACUAGAAGGAAGGUACAGACUCUUUCAAGACUUGAUAAAUGUGGUAAAGGUAAAGGUAAAGGGACCCCUGACCAUUAGGUCCAGUCACGGACGACUCUGGGGUUGUGGCGCUCAUCUCGCUUUAUUGGCCAAGGGAGCCAGCAUACAGCUUCCGGGUCAUGUGGCCAGCAUGACUAAGCCGCUUCUGGCGAACCAGAGCAGCGCACGGAAACGCCGUUUACCUUCC